GAGCAGAGCGGCAAGUGCUGCCUCGUGCUGACGAUCCUACUUCCCCGUGGGCAGUAGUGAACGCCGUUAGAAAAGAAAUCCGUUUCAGAUUAAUCGCUGGCCACCCAUAAGCAUCUCCCAGAAUUUUGCAGAUCUGCACAGAGUGUGGUUAUAGCAUCUUGAACGUCCGGAGCUGAACGGAAAGGUACCACUUCUUGCUCCAGUUGAUGCAAGCUUGUGCACACAAAUGCUUUUAAAGAUUCUUCGUUUUCAAGCAUCUGCUUCUGCCUUCUUUUUGCUGCCUCCUCCUCUCGCCCAUCUUCUGUGGAGCAGCAACGAGCUACUCCAGGCCUUGCUUUCACUACCUGGCAUACCUGCCUCUGCUUGGCAUGUUGUUGUUUAGUCGUGUCCGACUCUUCGUGACCCCCUGGACCAGAGCACGCCAGGCACUUCUGUCUUCCACUGUCUCCUGCAGUUUGGUCAAAGUCAUGCUGGUAGCUUCGAGAACACUGUCCAACCAUCUCGUCCUCCGUCCUCCCCUUCUCCUUGUGCCCUCCAUCUUUCCCAACAUCAGGGUCUUUUCCAGGGAGUCUUUUCUUCUCAUGAGGUGGCCAAAGUCUUAGACAGCUUCAUGAUCUGUCCUUCCAGUGAGCACUCAGGACUAAUUUCCUUCAGAAUGGAUAGGUUUGAUCUUCUUGCAGUCCAUGGGACUCUCAAGAGUCUCCUCCAGCACCAGAAUUCAAAAGCAUCCAUUCUUCGGCGAUCAGCCUUCUUUAUGGUCCAGCUCUCACUUCCAUACAUCACUACUGGGAAAACCAUCCCUGUCCCCAUUGCCACCUGCCUGCUCUCCAUCUUCCCGGCAGCCUCCUCUUUGAGGCUCCCCUUGCAGCUCAGGUUGCCAACUUUCUUUCCCAGCUUCCGCUCCUGUGCCUUUCACAACAGCUUUGAUCAGCUGUUGUUAACAGGCAACUGUGCCAAUCUCUCAUACUACUUUUAAGGAGGGUUAUUUGCUGUGGGAUCAUAAUGAAACAUAGAUUGGUGCUUCUCUUGCAAGCUGGGAAAAGCCCCACUUGCUGAUUUCUGUUGAUCAAGCUGUUCUUCAAGGCACAGGAGGAGGCCUUUCUCAGGUCAGUUGGCAACCCUUCCCCUCAAAAUUCCCAUUGUCCUAGGCACGUUUUGCAAUAAUGAAUUUCAGUAGCAUGAGCAGUUUUUGAGCUCUGGGUGCAGUACUGCGCCUAAGAUUUCAGAUUAAAACUGCUGCAUGGAAGGAAAGGAGGACCUUUUUCUGUCUGCCCACUUCCAGCUACUUUCUGAAGACUGGAGAAGAGACCCUCUUAAGAAUAUUAGGGGGGUGGGCAGGGGAAGGGCUAGACCAUGUAAAAAAAUGAACAUAAUAUUUUAGCUGCAGUCAAUUCAUUUUCAGCUUUGUAUUCUUGUUAUUAAAAAGUGCACCUAGACAUUCCAUCGUUGUGCCCAUAACCUCGGUUUACGUGCCAUAAAGCUCCUAGCUAAGUGUGAGCUUCCUGGUUGAGUGACCAUUACCCAUUUUACAGAAGGAAGCACUGAGGCAGAGCACGAGGAACACACCCAAGACCACUCCUUAAAUCUCAGAGAAGCUGAAAGCCCACAGCCUUGAAUCCAUCCAAAGGAGUGGGGACCUUGUCUUUCAAAUACUUAAAAGUGCUCAUUGGUUUUGCUUUCUUUUCAAUAUUUUUAGGGGAGGCCUCGAAUUUGAGAAAGACCCUGCCACUCAGCAGCUUCCUCCGGCACCAGCUCCCGCCCCAGUAAGUAUGAGUUGGGAAGAUGUACUGUUGUUUAUUUAUGCAUCUGUCAAAAGUCGUAUGUACGUAUGCCAUGAAAAUAUAUCAAAGCGGUUUACAGCAAGCUGUAAUCUGGGAUAUCUGAGGCCUCUCUGCCAGGCCUUCUCUGGCCAUGCUUCAUAGAACUGUAGAGUUGGAAGGGACCACCAGGUUCCUCUAGUCCAACCCCCUGCAAUUCAGGAAUCUUGCCCACAGCUGUCCCUGGUUGGGCUCGAACCAUCAACCUUCUGGUUUACAGCCAGUGCUUUCCCCUGGCUGCAAAGUGGCCUUGAACUGUGAUGAUGCCUCUUAACUUACCUAGAUGGAGAUUUGUGUGCAGAAAGCUCUGGAACUGAAUUGGCUUGAACUUGGCCUGUUGUGCAAAUGCAAGAGCCCUAUCCACAUUUUCGCCCACCACCAGUGCACGGACCCUGGAAGAUUUGACUGUGAGUGAAUGUGGCUCUUGGCUCUGAUACAGAUAUGUACCUUGCCCAUGCCUGUAGUGUUUGAACCACUAUCCAUCGUAUGUGUCUCCACUUACAUUUUAGUAAAAGCCACUUCCAUGUCUUUGGUCCUCCACCCACCCUCCAUCAUAUCAGUAUCCAUCUGGAUAAUAAAAGAUGCCUUUGCCAUUUUAUUCUCAAAAUAUUCUCCUUUGUAGCAUACACCAUUCUUGAAUCUGUACAAGCCCUGAAACAUAUACAUUAUACAGUGGUGCCCCGCAAGACGAAUGCCUCGCAAGACGGAAAACCCGCUAGACGAAAGGGUUUUCCGUUUUUCAAUGCUCUUCACAGGACGAAUUUCCCUAUGGGCUUGCUUUGCAAGACGAAAAUGUCUUGCGAGUCUUGAGAUUUUUUUUCGCUCCCCCCCCUUUUUCUAAGCCGCUAAGCCUUUAAUAGCCUUUUAGCAGCUAAGCCUCUAAGCCGCUAAGCCUUUAAUAGCCGCUAAACCGCUAAUAGCGCUGAUCCGCUAAGCCGCUAAUAGGGUUGCUUCGCAAGACGAAAAAACCGCUAGACGAAGAUACUCGCGGAAUGGAUUAAUUUCGUCUUGCGAGGCACCACUGUAGAGACUUCUUGUUUAUGCUCUGGUUGUUUUACUAAAGCAUAUAUAUUAUGGUGAGAGCUGGACCAUAAAGAAGGCUGAUCGCUGUAGAAUUGAUGCUUUUGAAUUCUGGUGCUGGAGGAGACUCUUGAGAGUCCCAUGGACUGCAAGAAGAUCAAACCUAUCCAUUCUGAAGAAAAUCAGCCCUGAGUGCUCACUGGAAGGACAGAUCCUGAAGCUGAGGCUCCCAAUACUUUGGCCACUUCAUGAGAAGAGAAGACUCCCUGGAAAAGACCCUGAUGUUGGGAAAGAUGGAGGGCACAAGGAGAAGGGGACGACAGAGGACAAGAUGGUUGGACAGUGUUCUCGAAGCUACUAACAUGAGUCUGACCAAACUGCGGGAGGCAGUGGAAGACAGGAGUGCCUGGCGUGUUCUGGUCCAGGGGGGUCACGAAGAGUCGGACAUGAUUAAACGACUAAACAACAACAAUUAUGCUGACUGAUGGGGGAACGAGGGCAGUUGCAGUUUCUGCUUGUUUACUGUAUAUUGGCCAUUUUCAUAAUAUAUAGGUAAAGGUAAAGGGACCCCUGACCAAUUAGGUCCAGUCAUGACCGACUCUGGGGUUGCGGCCCUCAUCUCGCUUUACUGGCCGAGGGAGCUGGCGUACAGCUUCCGGGUCAUGUGGCCAGCAUGACUAAGCCACUUCUGGCAAACCAGAGCAGCGCACGGAAACGCCGUUGACCUUCCCACCGGAGCGGUACCUAUUUAUCUACUUGCACUUUGACGUGCUUUCAAACUGCUAGGUUGGCAGGAGCAGGGACCGAGCAACGGGAGCUCACCCCGUGGCGGGGAUUCGGACUGCCGACCUUCUGAUCGGCAAGCCCAAGAGGCUCCAUGGUUUAACCCACAGCACCACCCGCGUCCCUUAUUAUACAUAUAAGACCUUAAUUUUUUUAUUUCACUUCCAAAAGCUUUUUAUGAAAGGGCAUUCCCACCAAACGUGAAGAAAUGGACCAAUGACUUAGGGAAAUGGCGGCAGCUCAAGCCCUUUCUUCCAAGGGUGUCUUUUGGUGUUUUCGGUGACGGACUGACCCCCUGUCUUCCUUCCUUCCUCCCAGCCCAGGCUUCCUGGUCUCCUGAGCAAGUUGGGCCCGGUGUGCUCAUCCCACAGGCAGCUGAUGAAGGCUGCCGGCUUGUACGAUGAGUCUCGCACCAAGCAGGUGGAGGACCAGAUCAACUAUGACCACUUGCGGAAGCUGGAGCGCAUGUUCCGCGAGGCGGACAUCGAUGGCGGAGGAGGUGAGGCUACUUUCUGUGGGCUCCUAUCAAACCCACACACAAUUUUUUUAAAAAAGACAUUUCUGCUAGAGCCAAAUAAUUUCUUUCCAACAUUUUUCUAAUACUCAUUAAUUUUACAAUACUUUUCUAAAUCAAUUUUGAAACUUUCUUCCAAUCUUCAUCCAUCGUCUCUUCUUCCUGGUCUCGGGUUUUGUCAGUCCUUUCGCUCUAUCUAAUCCAUCAACCUGGUGCUCUUAUGUCCGAGGCUCUUAAAUCUUUUCCAUGUCCCUUCUGCAGCUCUUCUUCUUGUUUAUACCUGCCCUUAACUUUAUCUUUUGUUGAUCUUUUUCUUAUUUCCUUUCCUUUCUCAUUGGGGGGUAGGUCUCGGGAGGCCUCCAAUCCAAAAGUAUCUCCAUCUCUCCUCAGCAGAUCAGCCCAUUCCCCACAGUCCCAUUCCCCACAGUCCACACUGUAGUACAGAAAGUAUUUAAAAGCAUAUUUCAAAGUCUUUCCAAAAUUAAGAGCCCUCACAACUCCAGACCCCCCCUGGUCCACUCCAGAUUCAAACUUCAAGAACAACGGAAAUUAUUCAUUUUUCUUUUUCAUUCAUUACAUACAUCUCAAAAGAGGGGAGGGGAAUGUUUGGUUUGGUCUGUGAAUUUUUUAAAAUUUUUCUGUAUUUUUAUUUCUUUUUUUAACUUCUUGUUUCUUCUGUAUUUUUUGUAUUUCUUUGGCUUUUGGAAAAUUAAAAAUAAGUAAGUAAGUAAGUAAGUAAGUAAGUAAGUAAGUAAGUAAUACAGUGGUACCUCGGGUUACACACGCUUCAGGUUACAGACUCCGCUAACCCAGAAAUAGUACCAAGGGUUAAGAACUUUGCUUCAGGAUGAGAACAGAAAUUGUGCUCCGGCGGCGGCAACAGGAGGCCCCAUUAGCUAAAGUGCUGCUUCAGGUUAACAACAGUUUCAGGUUAAGAACGGACCUCUGGAACGAAUUAAGUACUUAACCCGAGGUACCACUGUAAUAACAUGUAUACUACUACUACUACUAAUAAUACACCAACACCUCAAAGCGAUUUACAAAAAGGCAACACAGAAAAAUCCUGAGAAAGAUUUACAGCAGUGCUUUAAAACUUACAAGAAGUUGAAACACUAAGAUGGAUUAAAUUCAGCCACCCUCCAAGCUUCCAGGCUGAGUCCUUUCCCCUGGGGACGCUGAGGAUCUGGUCCUUCUGCAGGCAAGGCAGGUGUCCUACCAGCACUGGGGGCAUUUCCCUCAGGAUCCUCCGUUUUUUGGUGUCCCUUCUGGUUGCAGAGUAACGUUCUGUGCCUGGGGAGGGGAGCUCUUAUUAUUAUUAUUUAAAUGAUUUUUUUAUUCGAUUUUUAAAAAAUGUAAAUAUAUUACAAACAUCAGUUCAAAAUCCAAAUAUCGAGAGUGCUUUGAAUGUCCUGGCUCCCCCCACCCCAAUCCCUUUCAUGGGUCCUAAUGUUAAUAUUUACAACUGCAUAUCAAUAUAAUAAUAAUAAUAAUAAUAAUUUAUUUAUACCCCGCCCUCCCUGGCCAGAGCCGGGCUCAGGGCUGCUAACAAUCACAGUAAAAAACAUGAUAGGGGGGGAAAAACCAAUUUCAAGUCAAGACAAGUAACCUUUAUUGGCAUCACAUAAGAACAUUCAGAAUGCAUUCAGAAUAGAUAGGCCAGUGCGAUCUCGUCGCCACCCCAACGGCACAAUUUAAAAUACAGGUUAAAAUGCAAUUUAAAAUGCAGCCUCAUUUUAAAAGUAGCCAAUAAAUCAAGACCAUAAGGGGAGCGAUAAACUUUCCCCAAUCUUCUUCUUCUUUUAUUUAAAGUUCUUGUCUUCUUGAUUUCUGUUUUUUUUUUAAAUGAUAUUUAUUGAAAAUUUUUAAAAUUACAAAAAAAGACAAAGCAGAAAAAGAAAAAAGAAACAAAAAAGAGAAAAAGAAAAACAAACCACAUCCAACAAUACAAAUUCAAAAAACAAAUAUACACCACAAACAUAUAAAAAUAAAACCAACAUUCUCAAAUCUUCAACUUUCAUUACCUUCUUUCUUUGACCUCCUCCUCCUCCCUUUUUUUGUAUCCCAGUUAUUAAUUAUCGCAGCAAAUCCUUUCCAUAUUUCAUAAUAUUCUGUCAUUACAUUGCCUUUAUCUAUUUUCAUCUUAUCUUAUAAAAAACCUUAAAACUUAAAUCUUAUUUUAAACAUUUUUGCUAGAGCCAAGUAAUUUCGUUCCAACAUUUUUCUAACAGUCAUCAGUUUUAUAAAACAAUCCUAGUAGUAAAAAAAAAGAAAUAGAAACAAUCCAAUCUUCAUCCAGCGUCCCUUCCUCCUGGUCCCGGGUUUUGUCAGUCCUUUUUAUCCCAUCGAUCUAGCGCAUUAACCUGAUAACCUUAUAUCCGAGGCCCUUAAGUCUCUACCAUGUCCCUUCAUCAGCUCUUCUUCAUAUUCACCUUUCACUCGUGGGAACUCCAGGUUGGUAAUGUUUUUGACCCUUUUCAACAAAUCAGCUCCUUUUCCAUACUCCAGACUAAACUCCAUGUAGUAUUUAAAGACAUGUUUCAGAAUCCCUCCAAAGUUGAGAGCCCCCACAGCUCCAAACAUCUCACGGCCCAUUGCCAGACUCGGAAAGUCCAAACAUCCCUGCAUAGGGGGGUCUAUCUAACCCCCCAUUUCCAAAUCAGUCCAAACUUUAUCGUUCCUAAUCUGGCUUUUUCCAAGUUCAUUUGUCAAAUCCAAAAGCUCAUAUUCCUGCUGGGCCGCAGCUCCCUCCAUCUCUGGCGCCCAAGAUUCAGCAACAUCCUCUUCUCUCAUCUGUUCUGUCAGGGCACACUCCUGAUUUAAUUCCUGAGUGGGCUCCAUAUAGUUUCCCACUGCCUGUUCAAAAAUUCUGGCCGCAUUAGUCAUCAAAUCCGUCUUCGUGGUUAACUGUUCCAGUAGAGCAUUUAUUUUACAGAGAGCACACAACAGAGCUUCUGAAUACAUUGUCCUACAAGGUCACAAGCCUUUUCCCACGAUUGUAAUCUGUGACAGCUGCAAGCUCCCUGCAAUUAGUUACAGUUUCCCAGUCUCCCUCUAGGGGGGAAACUUCUAAUUGUUCUUGCAACAAAGUUUCUUUUUUGAGAUAUUUUGUCAAUAUUUGUUCCUUUAAAAUCAUAGGAAUCACUAUGUUUCUCAUCUUUUAGCUAUCUGUCAAAAACGUUUGUCUCUGGUCAAUGAGCUUCAAACGUCAGUCCUGACACCCCGCUCCAGGAUCAGGACGGUGGAAAGUUACUUUACUUUAAACUCACUUCUGCAGGUUUAAACAGUCCAAAAAUGAUCCCCUUCUUCUCCUGCUGCCGAAGGGGGGUUCGAGGAUUUUAAAUGAUGAAAGCCGAUCCUUUAGAAGCGAUUUUCUAAGCUCUAGUUUACGUUGUCUUUGCUUUAUUCUAUCUACAAAGAAACGGAAGGCUGACUUCCUGUUUAGACCUUCCCGUUUCACUACCAAAUUGAAGUAAAUUUUUGAAUCCCUUUCUGCUCGCAAAUCCUUGUUUAAAGUCCAAUUUGUUCAAAGUUUUAAGUACUCACGGGUGCUUAUUUUAGAAGCCAAAUUGUCCCAGGAAAAAGGCAGUGCUCUCCGGCAACGGCUAUGCGGCUUCGCUCCACGGAAAUAGCAGUUGACUCACAGCACUGCACCGCUUCCCCCUCUUCGCUUCGGAGCCCGUUAGUGGGUUCCUUUGCGGGUUGGGGGGGCGCUAAGGGUGCCCGCCGAGUCCCAUGGUCACAGGCUUCAUCCGCCUGUGAUUUUUAAAAGGGUCCCUGCUUCGCCGUAGCGGAAAAGACCCGUUUCGCGCGGAGCUAGUCCCUCCAGUUCAGAGGGAGUCUGCCAUUGCCGAUGGUACCACCCCGGAAGUCCGAUUUCUGAGCUUCCCGGUUAAUUGUGCCAUUUCGACAUAGUCCAUCAUCUUGGUUUGCCAUUCUUCCCAUGUUUUAUUGAAGUUUUUAUUAGACAAACAGAUUCUUAAAAUACAUACGAUACCAACAAAAUAGCAUUCACUAUGUUAUAAAGAUUAUAGAGAAUAUAAAUAUACAGUGGACGCUUGGGUUGCGAACGUGAUCCUUGUGGGAUGCAUUUUCGCAACAUGCAGUGUUUGCAACCCACAGUGGUGCGUCUGCGCACACGCGGGUUACGAUUCGCGCUUAUGUGCAAAGCGCGUUUUAGCGCUUCUGCGCAUGCGUGACACCCGAAACCCGGAAGUAACCCGUUCCGAUACUUCCGGGUUUUGGCGGGUCCGUAACCCGAAAAAACGCAACCUGGAGCAUCUGUAACCUGAGGUAUGACUGCAAAAUGAAAAGAAUGGAAAAGAACAGAAGAAAGAAAAAACAAAGAGAAAGAAGAAUGAAAGUGUGAAUAAAGGCAUAAUUACAUCCACUAUUUGAAUCAGCAAAGAAAAGAAACUUCCGACUUAUACCUGCUGUACUAAUUUACAAUGUUGUACUAUUUUAUUGUUGUUAGCCGCCCUGAGCCCGGCUUCGGCUGGGGAGGGCGGGAUAUAAAUAAAAUUUAUUAUUAUUAUUAUUAUUAUUAUUAUUAUUAUUAUUAUUACAAUUAAAUUAAUUACACAGUUGCUUUCCUGCCUUUCAGGUCUGGACAUGGAAGAAUUCCGAAGCGCCAUGAAGAAGAUCAUGGGGGACGUUUCCGAUGAAGACAUUGACGUGAUUUUCAUGAAGGUGGACACCAACUGUGACGGCGCCGUGGACUGGGCAAGUGCCUGCUUUCAUUUGUUCUGCAAAGUUUUGAGAAGCCAUUCUGCAUAACUCCUGUGGUUUUGGCUGGCACAGGUGGGGCGAGGAGUUAUUGCAGGGCACAGAUGCUCAGCGCUCCCUGAGAAAUCUGACUUGGCCACCCUCUGGCUUCUGGUCUCCGCGCUGUAAAGAAUAUCAUUGCCGCCCUCAGGGCUAGAAACUCGCUCUGCUGUUUUUAAAUGGUAGCUCAGAUUCCCGGGAUGCUGAAUGGCACGCCCUGCGUUGCACGCCCUGGGCUUUUCCUCUGCUCCUCAGCAUCCUGUUAUGGAACAAUCUAGGUGCGAGGCUGCUCAGUCACCCAGCUGGUCGGGCAGAGCCCACGGCUCCCUUCGGAAUAAAGGAAGGAGUCCAGCCACCAACCGGAGCAAAUAGCUGUAGACCAAAGUUUAUUGCGCAACAGGUUCAAAGAGGAAUUUUGAACCCAGAGGAUGGGGUGACAAGGACUUUUAAAACUUUCCCACCAUAUCCCAGAAUACUGUUCGUGCCGCAUCAUUGCUACAUCAUUGACAUGCCACCAAAGGGGAGGGUAGACAGGGGUUACACUAGUUCAACCUUGGCAAACAUGUCCCGACAAGUCCUUGGUACAUGAUUAGCAUAAGUAGACAUGUCAGGGCAAGACCAAGGUAUAAGAUGAGCAUAGGCAAACACCUCUGAAGUCCCACCACCCAAAGUACAAGAGAACUUCCUUUGCAUGCCUGGCCCCUUGGCAAGUCCAGUGAUGGGAUUAGGCUUUCCUUGGCCAACAAUCAGCUCAGCAAUUGUCACCUCUGGGCACUUCCUGGAGUCCCUAAUUUUCAAGGGCAAAAUAGUGUUGGAAUGGAGGAAACUGGCAAAGGAGUUGACUUUAUUUAUUUUUAAAGCUAGGUAACUUCCCUGAGCUGUCAAGUUGAAAGGAUACAUUCAGGCAUAAUAUUUGCAACAUUUAACUUUAAAGAUGUGCCCCCCCCCCGUAAUUUCCGUAACAAUCCUAUAAAUAGAUUGGUCUAUCCUUUGGCCUCGGCUGAUGGAAGUUGCCAUCCAAAACCUCUUGAGGGCACCAACUUGGCAAAACACUUACAGUCUUUUCCCACUUGGGUCUACAACCCCCUCUCCCAGCAAGACUUUCUGUUUGUAGCUCCCUGUCCCACCCUUGCCUUAGUUGACUCCCCAACAUUGUCCCCAUGGCUGCCUUGUAGAUUGUAAGCCCACAACCUUCUGUUCCACAGUCAAAUAGCUCUUGACAUCGGAAAGUUAUUCCUGAUGUUCUGUCGGAAUCUCCUUUCUUGCAACUUGAAGCCGUUGGUUCAAGUCCUACUGUCCAGAGCAGAAGAAAACUGUCGACAUGUAGAGGGCCGGGAGGCCAGCUGGCAAGCCCCAGCUGUGCAGUCUUCUUCCAUUGACCCCAGCUCCGACGUAAAUCAGCGACCCGGGCUUCAAAGCCAGGGCACGCUAUCAGCAGAGAGUACUGCUCACACAGAAUAGGCGUGAGGCUUCUGGAAGCAUACUACAACUACAGAUUUAUUAAUCAUAAAUCAGGACAAAGAAACAUGUCGUCUCUCUCUCUCAUGUCAUCUCAGAGACAACGGGAAAAGCAAAAACUAUACACAACGGAAGUUCCCGGCAUAUUGUGCUGGAAUGUAAACAGACAUGUGACAUGCAACAAUUCCACACGUCUGUUCCUUAAGGCGAAAUCGAAAUCUCAACAAAAACAAGCCUGUUCCCAUCCUAUGAUCAGGUUCCAUAUAUGUGUAAAUACUAUAACAAUCAUAAAGACACCACAUGCUCCUAAAGCAGGAUUUCCCAAACUUGGGUCUCCAGCUGUUUUUGGACUACGGUUCCCAUCAUCCCUGACAUGCUGGCUAGGGAUGAUGGGAAUUGUAGUUCAGAAACAGCUGGAGACUCAAGUUUGGGGAACUCUGUCCUAUAGAUACCACAGUCUCUGCUGACCUUCACCCCAAGGAAACCAAACUUGGGUGAGGGCCUGGAACUCCAGCAGUCUCUCUCCACUCAGAGAUUGGGGUGGCGUGUAAGACUGGGAUCGGCUGGGUUACAUAUUAGCCGGGCCCGAGAGAAUCCUUGGAAAAGCACCGUGCUGGCGGAGAGAGUGAGAAUAACAACGGCAAUUUCUCUCCCUGCAGGAGGAGUAUCUGAAUUACAUGCUGCGUGAAUACAGAGGGAAGGACGACAUGCUGAAAAAUAAGAUGCUUCCCGAGUUCCAGACGACCAUGAAACCGGUUUCCGUGUAAGGGUCCCUUUGCCCUCUGGGCGUGAGGGAAGGGGUUAAGGCCAAGUGGAGCUGCCAAUUCCUAGAGUGGCUGAACAGCCAGUCCCUUUUCCCAGGGGAAUUCCCUGGGAAUUGCAGCUCUGGAGGGGAAUGGGGUGUGUGUGUGUGUAAUAAUAAUAAUAAUAAUAAUAAUAAUAAUAAUAAUAAUUUAUUAUUUAUACCCCGCCCAUCUGGCUGAGUUUCCCCAGCCACUCUGGGCGGCUUCCAACAAAAUAUCAAAAAUACAUUAAAACAUCAGCCACUAAAAACUUCCCUAAACAGGGCUGCCUUCAGAUGUCUUCUAAAAGUCAGAUGGUUGUUUAUUUCCUUGACAUCUGAUGGGAGGGCAUUCCGCAGGGCAGGUGCCACCACCGAGAAGGCCCUUUGUCUGGUUCCCUGUAACCUUGAUUCUCGCAAGGAGGGAACCUCCAGAAGGCCCUCGGAGCUGGGCCUCAGUGUCCAGGCAGAACAAUGGGGGUGGAGACGCUCCUUCAGGUAUACUGGGCCAAGGCAAUCUUAACCAGCUGCAGAUCCCAUUCUUUGGAGGACGCCAUGAUGGUUAAAGUGAUAUGAUAUUGCUAUAAAUGAAUAGUCAGGAUGGGGCAGAGGACUCUUCAUCAGUCAAGGCGUUACACAAAGCAAGGAGUGGGUGGCUGCGGGGAAGGAGGAGCAAGGAUUUUUCUUUUAAGUAGAGCUCAGUCGGGUUAAACAUGGCGCUGAUAACGCCAAGGUUGCAGGUUUGAUCCCCGUAUGGGGCAGCUUCAUAUUCCUGCAUUUCAGGGAGUUGGACUUCUAGAUGAUGCUCAGAUUCCCUUCCAGCUCCUUGAUUGUUUGAAAUGAGGAUUCUGGAAGCUGUGGCCCUGAGGUCAAUUUGGAGACCAAAUUCCGAGGCGGAGGCUGCAGACUGAGAGGAGAAGCAAAUGGCACUCUUCAACUCAGUGGUUCCUAAACUUUAUUGAGGCAAAGCCCUUCCUGUUCCAUAAACUCACCCUCAGCGCCUCCUACUUUACCCUAUUAAAAUGCAUAAUUCAGAAUGCUGGCUUGCACGACCCACUAAGGAAGAACAUGUUGUUGUUUAGUCGUUUAGUCGCGUCCGCCUCUUCGUGACCCCCUGGACCAGAGCAAACCAGGCCCUCCUGUCUUCCACUGCCUCCCGCAGUUUGGUCAAACUCAUGCUGGUAGCAUCGAGAACACUAUCCCACCAUCUUGUCCUCUGUCGUCCCCUUCUCCUUGUGCCCUCCAUCUUUCCCAACAUCAGGGUCUUUUCCAGGGAGUCUUCUCUUCUCAUGAGGUGGCCAAAGUCUUGGAGCCUCAGCUUCAGGAUCUGUCCUUCCAGUGAGCACUCAGGGCUGAUUUCCUCCGGAAUGGAGAGGUUUGAUCUUCUUGCAGUCCAUGGGACUCUCAAGAGUCUCCUCCAGCACCAGAAUUCAAAAGCAUCCAUUCUUCGGCGAUCAGCCUUCUUUAUGGUCCAGCUCUCACUUCCAUACAUCACUACUGGGAAAACCAUAGCUUUAACUAUAGGGCCCUUUGUCGGCAAGGUAAUGUCUCUGCUUUUUAAGAUGCUGUCUAAGUUUGUCAUUGCUUUUCUCCCAAGAAGGAGGCGUCUUUUAAUUUUGUGGCUGCUGUCACCAUCUGCAGUGAUCAUGGAGCCCAAGAAAGUAAAAUCUCUCACUGCCUCCAUUUCUUCCCCUUCUAUUUGCCAGGAGGCGAUGGGACCAGUGGCCAUGAUCUUAGUUUUCUUGAUGUUGAAGGAAGAUCAUAGCACAAUCAAAUUCAAGACACGAACGAUUAAUAGCACUUUUUUUUCAUACUAAUCAUUACGUACAUAUGACGAUACGGUUUUCUUUGUAGAUGUGUGUUCUCUCCCCCCCCCCCCGUUGUUUGUACUGCUUUGUUUUGGACUUUAUGUUUGUAAUUUUUGUUGUAAUGUUGCAUUGAAAAUUAAAAAAAAUAAUUGCAUGUUUUUUCAAAACCCAAUCGAAACUACUCAGUUUAAUUGCUUUAACAAAACUGAAGAAAUUGAUCCAGCAAGACCAGCUUUUCAAAACCUGAAAGCCACCCCCUUGCUGCCCUUGUUCCCCCCCCAGCCCCCAGCCCCCGGGAAUCCUACUGCCCCCUUGUGGGGUGCUACCUCCCAUUUUGGGAACCCCUGGUUUAACUUCUUGACGGAGGUGGUUUUCCCAUUCACCUUUCAGACAGAAUUUGCCACUCCUGGUCCCCAGGAGCAAAGGAUUCCUGUCCCGCCUGUUGCUGAUGCAGAUGGAAUGUUGCUCUUUGCCCUCUAGGGAUGAAUGCAAAAUCCAGCCCUGCUCUCGAUGACUUUGCAAAAGGCCGCCCUUGUGCAACUGUGCUAUUACCUCCUACACCCCGUCUUAAGUCUGCCAACAAAUACAGACUUUGUGGCGUCCAUGGCAAACCUUUUCCCCCUCUGUUGGUAUCUCCAGUUGCAAUGGGUGGCGCUGUGGGUUAAAUCACAGAGCCUAGGACUUGCUGAUCAGAAGGUCGGUGGUUCGAAUCCCCGCAACAGGGUGAGCUCCCAUUGCUCGGUCCCUGCUCUUGCCCACCUAGCAGUUUGAAAGCACGUCAAAGUGCAAGUAGAUCAAUAGGUACCGCUCUGGCGGGAAAGGAAACGGCGUUUCUGUGCGCUGCUCUGGUUCGCCAGAAGUGGCUUAGUCAUGCUGGCCACAUGACCCGGAAGCUGUACGCCGGCUCCCUCGGCCAAUAAAGCGAGAGGAGCGCCGCAACCCCAGAGUCAGCCACAACUGGACCUAAUGGCCAGGGGUCCCUUUACUCCCAGUCGCUUCUUUGGUUGACAUGCAGUCUGCUGAAGACAUUACAGUCAUACCUCGGGUUACAGACGCUUCAGGUUGUUGUUUUUUUGGGAUACGGCCCCGCCGAAACCCAGAAGUACUGGAACGGGCUACUUCCGGGCUUCGGCAGUUGCACAUGUGCAGAAGUGCCAAAUCGCAAUCCGCGUGUGUGCAGGCAUGCUGCUGCGGGUUGCGAAUGUGCAUCCUGCACGGAUCACAUUCGCAACCCGAGCGUCCACUGUAUUAUAUUAUUAUUAUUUAAUUAGUAUACCGCCUUUCAUCCGAAGACCACAGGGCAGUUUACAAAAUAAAAACACAAAAAGGUAGCUGCCGUACAUCUGUGGCAGGUGAAGGUUUGUGCAUGUUUUUAAUGUUUAAUUAUGUUUCUAUAUAUAUGCUGGAAAAAGCAGAGAGAUCACCUUGUUGACAAAGGUCCAUAUGGUGAAAGCUAUAUUUUUCCCAGUAGUGAUGUAUGGAAGUGAGAGCUGGACCAUAAAGAAGGCUGAUCGCCGAAGAAUUGAUGCUUUUGAAUUCUGGUGCUGGAGGAGACUCUUGAGAGUCCCAUGGACUGCAAGAAGAUCAAAACUCUCCAUUGUGAAGGAAAUCAGCUCUGAGUCCUCACUGGAAGGACAGAUCCUGAAGCUGAGGCUCCAAGACUUUGGCCACCUCCUGAGAAGAGAAGACUCCCUGGAAAAGACCCCGAUGUUGGGAAAGAUGGAGGGCGCAAGAAGAAGGGGACGAUAGAGGACGAGAUGGUGGGACAGUGUCCUCGAAGCUACCAGCAUGAGUUUGAUCAAACUGCGGGAGGCAGUGGAAGACAGGAGUGCCUGGUGUGCUCUGGUCCAGGGGGUCACGAAGAGUCGGACACGACUAAACGACUAAACAACAACAAAUAUAUGCUGGAAGCCUCCCAGAGUGGCCGGAGCAACACCCAGCCAGAUGGGUGGGGUACAAACGACAAAAUCAUCAUCAACGUCACCAUCAUUCCAUUAUUUAUACUCCGCCCAUCUGGCUGGGCCUCCCCACCAGUUUGGGCAGCCCCCAGCAGAAUAUCAGAACAUAAUAAAAUUUCAAGAACCUGAAAUCUCACUUGCUGUUUAUUUAAUUUGUCUACCGUCCUUCGUCUGUAGACCUUAGGGCGGUUCGCAACAUAAAAAUUCAAGGUAGAAAACACAAAAGUACACAACAAAAACCAAAGCAAACCAAUAACCUCUCCCACAACACAUUUAAAAGAGCAUCAGAUGUCAAUCAGACAAAGGCCUUGUUGAAGAGUAACGUUUUUGCCUGGCGCCUGAAGGUGCCAGGCGAGCUUCCCUGGGGAGAGUGUUCAACAAAGAGGGCGCCACUGCAGAAAAGGCCCUGUUCUUGUGGUGCCAGCCUUCCGGGUCUCUCAUGGAGGAGGCACACAGAGAAAAGCCACAGAAGUUGAUCACAGGGUCUGGGCCAGUUCAUCUGGAGAGAGGUGGUCCUGGAGCUAUUGUGGUCCUUGCAGUACUCACUAUUUUGUGACUUUUUGGUUGACCCUCAUAAAAGGGAGAGGACGAGAUUCUGCGUCUGUGAUGUGGAAGGGCAAAGGGGCAGGCUGAUGGCACCAGAAACUGAGGAGGCUGACCACAGUCAUGCGGAGGAAGGUUCCAAUAAUAAUAAUAAUAAUAAUAAUAAUAAUAAUAAUAUAUUGUUUAUACCCCGGCCAUCUGGCUGGGUUUCCCCAGCCACUCUGGGCGGCUUCCAACAGAAUAUUAAAAUACAAUAACCAAUUUACAUUAAGAGGUGAUUCUGUGCUGGGACUGGACACACUGAUGGGAACUUAGCCUGGGGUGAGUUAAGACAAGCCCAGAGCUCUCCUGGAUGGUGGAAUUGCUUUCCGCUUGGACUGAAAUGAAUCCUGUGCUCUCCAAGGUCUCAAAACGCUCACCUAUGAAUUCUGAUGGCAAAUGCACCUUUGCCCUUGCAUGGUUUUCUGAUCUCACAGGAGUACAGAUCUCUUGUUUUUUAUUUAUAAAAGCAUUGAUAUGCCGCAAUCACAAAACACACCAAAGCGGUUCACCGUGCUAAAAAACAGAAGCCCUACAAUAAAAGCAUGAAAACAAACUUUAAAACAGUUUAAAAGUAGAAAAAAGGUUAAGCAUCAAUAAACUGUUGCCAGGAGAUGUAUUCUUAACUGCCUGCAGAGGCCUGACGGAAUAAAAAAAUAAUAUUUUUUUAAAGGUUUUAAGUUUAAGGUUUUAAGUUUGCUUGCUAUGUUCCUAAGCACAGUAUAUGUGUCUGUAGCCAUUUUCUUUCUUUCCCCUCUUCCUUUUCCUCCAGGGCUCACUCUGAGGAAAUUGUCAAGAUCCAGUUUUUCCCAAACCAGAACAGGGGGCUUUUGGAGAGGGCGAGGAAAAGCCGAUCGCCGUCUGGGCGAUUCCUGACCGUGAGCAGGGACGGGAUCCUGCAAUACUGGAGCGACACCUUUAAAAGGCUUCGUACUGUUGUGGUAGGUAGCCUGGCCAACCUGGGAUGGUGGUUUGGUACGGAGGACUCUCCUUUUCUCUUGAGUCUCCCAAGAAAAGCCAAGAAAAAAAAUGUAAAGUUGAAGUACUAAAGCAGGUGAAAAUUCACAUCAACUUUCUAAGCCCCUGGGCAGGCUUGUCUGAGCAAUAAUGUUCUUAGCAGAUGCUGAAAGGAAUACAGCGAAGGCACCGGCUUGAGAUCAAUAGGCAGGGAGUUCCAAAGUCUCGGUGCUGCCAGACUAAACAACUGAGUUCUUACAAAAAGGGUUUCAAGUGGGGCCUGUCGGUCGUGCCGUUUCCGCCGAUUGAAGCCUUUGAGGGGUCGUAUAUGGGGCAAGGUGAUUUUGUAGGUCAGUUGGUCCCAAGUGGGCAUGUUCUGCUAUGGCUGGUGGCAUUCAGAGCCAGGAUUUUAAAGCCAGGAUUUGCUCCAAGGUGGAGUUGAGUGAGUGGAGAGCAAAUGAAAUCGCACGGUGGCUUAACAUGUUUCUCAGGACCCCUCUAGAAGACCUACUUACAAAACCCAGGUGAAAGUUAGCUUGCAUCUGGUCUUUAUUGAACAUUUGUUCUGAUCUGAAUGUGUGAAGGUUGCAUGACAAUGAUCACCCAUCCUGAUUUGCAUGAAGGGCGUUUAAGGCUUCUUUGCGUUAGUCAUCCUGCACUCGCCAUAACAUUUAUCCUUUAUUUUCCAAACACUGGUCUUGAAAGACCUACACUGGCUCCCAGUACGCUUCCGAGCACAAUUCAAAGUGUUGGUGCUGACCUUGAAAACCCUAAACGGCCUCGGUUCAGUAUACCUGAAGGAGCGUCUCCACCCCCAUCAUUCUGCCCGGACACUGAGGUCCAGCGCCGAGGGCCUUCUGGCGGUUCCCUAAUUGUGAGAAGUGAGGUUACAGGGAACCAGGCAGAGGGCCUUCUUGGUGGUGGCGCCCACCCUGUGGAACGCCCUCCCACCAGAUGUCAAAGAGAACAACUACCAGACUUUUAGAAGACAUCUGAAGGCAGCCCUGUUUAGGGAAGCUUCUAAUGUUUGAUGCAUUACGGUAUUUUAAUAUUUUGUUGGAAGCCACCCAGAGUGGCUGGGGAAGCCCAGCCAGAUGGGCGGGGUAUAAAUAAAUUAUUAUUAUUAUUAUUAUUAUUAUUAUUUAAAAACAAAUAAAAAAGCAACCCUCAAAAGGCAGAUUUGCUGUGAUAAGGCAAUAGAAGUGCUUUAAUAUACUUUAAGUAUGCAAACCUAGCCUCUCCCUAAAUGCAAGUGGGAAACCAGCACAGCAGGAUCCGAGCACAAGAGCAACUCUCUCCUCCUCCUGUGGUUUCUGGUAAACUGGUAUUCAGAAGCAUCUGUGGAGGCAGAGCAAAACCAUCCCAGCUAGUAGCCAUCAAUAGUCCUCUUCUCCAUGAAUUAGUCUAAUCCUCUCUUUAAGCUGUCCAAGUUGGACAGAGACCAUUGCUGCCUUCUGCGGGAGGGAGUUCCCUAGAUUAACGCUGCACUGCCUGAAGAAGGACUUUCAUGACAAUAAUGCCCACUUACACCUCAAAGAACUCACAAUCCACCUACUUUCAGCAGCCAGAAGCAUCAUAGCCAGACACUGGAGAGACCUGUCAGGAGUAAGCAUGGACCAAUGGUACCAAAUAGUAUGGGAAACAGCGCUAAUAGAAAAAUUAACCAAUAAACUGAAACUGCCACGGGGACAAAUAGAAGAAGACGCCUUCACCCCGGUAUGGCUCCCCUUUAUCACAUACACAGCCCAACAAGACAAGGACAAAAAUCCACCAACAGCAUACUGAUCAAUAUGGCUAACCUGACCCAAAACACCCACCCACCCCACUCACACACGAAAACAAAGACCACCACAGCCAACCACAAAUGAACAACCACACCCUAGGCCAAGCCCAACCUCUCUCACCACCAAAGGAACACAAGUGAACAGCAGAGAACCUGCACAAGAAACACUGACACCAAACCCUACAUAUAGUAAGUAAAAUAGAAACGUCGCCACCCGACCCCAUCCCCACUCACAUUUUCCCCCGCCACCUCUUUCCCCUUUUCUUCCUAAUGUCUCAACAAAUGAAACUGAUCUGUAAAAAAUGUUACUUGGGAAAAGAGAGAGAGAGAGAGAGAGAGAGAGAGAGAGAGAGAGAGAGACAUUGCACACACUUUUGUAAAUCAAUAAAAUCUUUGAAAAAGAAAAAGAAGGACUUUCAUUUCUAUGUCCUGAAUCUUUCAACGAAAGCCGAGAAGCUGAGGUUCUCUGCUCCACAGGAAGGUUGGAGGAAGCAUCCCUGCUUCCUCGUUUCCUUGCCCUCCGAGCCAGGUCCACCCCCCCAUCAUACCCCCCCCCCGGUUCUUCUUCAUCUUCCUCCUCCUGUCUCGGAGCCUGCCAGCAGUAUGGGGCUCCAGACAUGAAAUACGUGAUGUGCAAACAGCAAACCUUCCUUCCUUCUGUCUCCCCCAUCACUUUUUUUGCUCUGCGAACCCCCCUCUCUCUAUGCAGCUGGACCAGAGCAAAAGACGUCACAGUUUGAAACUCUGGGUGAUUGACAUGGUGUGCCUUACCAAUAUCAACUUACUGGCAGUUGCAACGACAGACCAGGAUAUUGGUAAGUGCAGAACGCAAAGGGGAAGGUCCCCUCUGCCGCCCAAUUGCCUUGCAAUCCCUGCUUCCCCAAAUAAAGUGUGUGCCUCUGUAUGCUGAGCUUGCAACCCUUUUGCUCAAAAUACGCACCAUGCAGCCAAGAGUUCCACAGGUUGGUUCCGUACUGUGUCCAGGGGAACUUAGUUUUUGCAUGUUCUGGACUUCUGCGUCAACUUCCCACCAGUUUCACAGGGGAAGCUGUGUUACGGGGAAAGGGAGAAGAUGUUUGACUGGCGCAUCCAGUGGUGCUUUGUGUUUGCGAAUAGAGACUCUGGAGGUCAAACUCUGAUGCAGCUUCCAUUAUGUCUUCAAAGCGCAAUGCCUUUCAGUGGAGUCAGUUCAGAUCUGUAGCUGGGAAAGGGAGCGAUGCACACACGGCCCUCGAAUAAACUGUUCCGCUUUCCCUCUUUCCACCCAGAGUUCUUUGACAUUGGUGGCAAUAAAUGCGACCGGAUCUUCACUCUCGUCGACUUGGAAGGGUGUGCCACGGCUAUGGACUACUGGUACGUCAAGAGAAGAGCCUGGGGGCGUUUCCCCUCUCACCCCCCUCUCAGCAUCUCCCCAGACGCAGGCUGGACCAGCCCCAGCCACAACCAACACCCUGUUUCCAGACCCGGCCCACGCUAACCAUCGACACCACCACACUUGGCAAUUAGAAUUACGGGGGCUGCCCAGUUGCUGGAUCCCCUAUUCAUUUACGGUGGGAAUGGGGAAAAGCACAAACCGUCGGUUCUGCGUUUUUUAAAAGAAAUCAAUACAAGUUUCAAAUUGUUGUCUUAUCCCUUCUCCCCAGCUCACACUGUUACCUAUUUUUGAGGAAGCUGAUCUUAAUAUACAUAAUGAAGAGCUAAUUGUUCCUUCUUCUUGCUUUUUUUUGGGGGGGGGAGGGGGCGGCCACUAGAGUUGCAAUGGCCCAUGUCAGGAGAGAUCUAAACGGAGCCAGUAUUUCAUUUUGGCAUUUCACAGUUUGGCAACUUGCUUUACAGUAUUAGAAAAGUUGAGCGGCAAACCACGCGUCUCCAGGGGACAAUGCAAAAAAGGAUAGAUUUGCAGAAAUCUGGUUUGAGUUUAUUGCGCAUGUCAAUACAGAAGAACAAGGCUUGUCCCUUCCCUCUGCUUAUCAGUGGAUUUGGUUGAUUCAAUAACAUGCCGAUAUUCCUCUUUAAGAUUCUUUAAGAUGUAUAUACCACCCUUUACCCAAGGAUCAUAGGUCAGUUUACAGUAUAGAAAUGCAAAAAUGCGUAACAUGAUUCUAGAUUCAGGUAGGUGGCCGUGUUGGUCUGACGCAGUCGAAAUAAUAAUAAUAAAAAAGCCCAGCAGCACCUUAGAGACCAACUAAGUUUGUUUUGUGUAUAAGCUUUCGUGUGCAUGCACACUUCUUCAGAUGCUGAAACAGAAGUCACCAGACCCUUAUAUAUAGUGGGAGGGUGGGGUCAUCUGCAUACUAUCCCUUGCUUUUUCCUGUAGGACUAAUUGCAGUCAUUAACAGUCGUCCACAGGUUUACCAUACUCAUUGAGUCAAUCACCCAUCUUCUACUACCCUCCUGAGAAAAACCGCUCCCCCUAUAUAUAAGGGUCUGGUGACUUCUGUUUCAGUGUAUCUGAAGAAGUGUAAGGUAAAGGUAAAGGGACCCCUGACCAUUAGGUCCAGUCGUGGCCGACUCUGGGGUUGCGGCGCUCAUCUCGCUUUAUUGGCCGAGGGAGCCGGCGUACAGCUUCCGGGUCAUGUGGCCAGCAUGACUAAACCGCUUCUGGUGAAACCAGAGCAGCGCACGGAAACGCCGUUUACCUUCCCGCCAGAGCGGUACCUAUUUAUCUACUUGCACUUGGACGUGCUUUUGAACUGCUAGGUGGGCAAGAGCAGGGACCGAGCAAUGGGAGCUCACCCUGUUGCGGGGAUUCGAACCGCCGACCUUCUGAUCGGCAAGUCCUAGGCUCUGUGGUUUAACCCACAGCGCCACCCGUGCCCCUCUGAAGAAGUGUGCAUGCGCACAAAAGCUCAUGCCAAUAACAAACUUAGUUUGUCUCUAAGGUGCUACUGGACAAUUUUUUAAUAAUAAUAACAAACAAAACAACUCACACCCCCCACCCCCAGUACUUUAUGCUCCUGCCUUGUGGCCAGAGGAAAUCUGGAGCGAUGCCCAUUUUGGAUCCCAAUUCCAGCGCUCUGCUCUGCUACCUGGAGCAAAGAAGCAGGCAGAGCUUCUGUCCAAGGCUGACCUGCUUCCCAGGUAGGCCAAGCUCUCACCUGUUCCGCACCUGUGCUGCACCUGCAGGUUUUCAUCCCUUUUCUUUUCCUACCUGAACUAGGACCGAUGGCCGCAAAGCGAUCUUCUCUGUUGGGGACGUGAAAGGGAACGUCCUGAUCUUCACCUCAUCGGAUGUCGUGAUGAACGGGCUUUUCAAUGUCCGCAGCUACAUAGGUGAGCCAAGUUGGUCCAGGCUGGUGCAGGGGACAGCUCACAACACUGGCCAGGCAGAGGGGGAGCUGCUGGUCCCUGAGCCUCCACAAAAGGGGUGCAAGUCGACCCUUAUUGCGAUGUUUGAUCUUUGGUGCUCCCCCUUUUGCUGAGCACUGACAGAGCUUUCCUUUCAGAUGAGAGAUUGAGCGGUAGGGAUGCCUUUGCAAUAUUUGCUUUAUUCAUAUGCUGAGCAUCAGUGGUAGCAAAUGAACGCCAAGUAAGGACUCUGUUAAGGUUGUAGAUCCAUUACUCCAGAUCAGACCUUCAGAGAGAGAUUCGUUUUGUUUACAUGUAAUGCUAUGCCAUGGUUUACUAAGCUACAGGUCUAUGGCCCAACGUCAUAUGGGAACCCUGCCCAUGGAUCAUGUUCGCAACCUGAGCAUCCACUGUACUUAUUUUUUCCAGUUUGUCACCCCCCUCUGGGUGACACCCGGGGCGAACCGGCCCUACCGCACCCCCCUUCCUACGCCACACAGAUACCCCACCCCAGACAUUCACUAAGCUAAACUACAAAGGUGGUUUAGCAGUUGGAAAACAAAGCAAACUCUGGAGAAACAAGCCAAUGUUUCCUCAGUUGCCUGUGGGACAGCUCAUAGUUUGUGAAACAGACCAUGGCUUAGUGGAAUGUGCGAAAACUAUGAACUCCAACUUGUGCUUUUAGCCAAUUCUCAACUCUCCAGUCGGAUGUCAAAGAGGUAACCCAUUAUGCAACCUUUUGUGGGCAUCUGAAGGCAGCCCUGUAUUGGGAAACGUUUAAUUUCGGAUGUAUUGUGUGUUCUUUUAUAUUCUCUUGGAGGGUACUCAGCGUGGCUGGGGCAACCCAGUCAGGUGGGUGGGGUAAAAGUAAUAAAUUAUUAUUAUUAUUAUUAUUAUUAUUAUUAUUAUUAAUCUGUUGUGGAUUAACUGUCACAACAGAGGGAGUAGAACCAAUGCAUUAUAUUUUGGCUCUGCUGGCGCACAAUGUUUUUCCCUGGAUCUUGUCCUCACAGGUGGCAUGUCUAGAGUCCCCGUCCACAUCCUCCUGAAAAACAAGGCCGAACAAUACAGGAAUUUCCAUGUCCCUGUGAGUUUUCCCCAUGAACCUGCCUGCUCCAGAGUUAGCGUGAUUUCUGCCAGGCGCUCCCUGCUUUUAAUAUUGAUUUAUUAAACGUGUUUCUAUCCUAACCUUUAAUUUUAUUUUUUUAAGAACCGCAGUGAAAACGAUCAAAAUAAAUAAAAAAAAGUGUGUGAUAAAACCCCCAAUUAAAAUAUCAUAAUAAAAUAGAAUAAGGCGGCAGCCUUACAACUAAAUUUUGCAGUUCUCUUUGCUAAUUCAAGUUCCCUGUAAAAUCUUGGAAGAACAGGUACGAUGUUGGCAUCUGCUGUACCUCGGAGGCGGCUUAAAUUCCAUUAAGUUUUUCACUGAUGGGCAAGUGGUGGUUGGAACCAGUAUUCACCCAACCUGCGGGGCUUUGGCUAUUCCAGGUACCUGCUCCUGGCCUUGCCAUUAUAAUCUGAAUUGCCAAAUCAUGGAAAGGUCCUGAGGAAGUGAGUUUUGCUUCGUUCUCCUCUCUGUCUCUCGUUCAGGCUCCCACUCCCAGUUUUCAAAGAUCUUGAUUAUUAUGUCUGUGUGGUUCAAGCCAAAACGAAUACACCUUUUACAAAUUCGCCGAGACAACAGAUGAUUAAGGCUGGAGACGUACAAUAGCCGUCUUCCAGGGAGUUUGAAAAGGGGAUCUUUGCUCAUGCUCUGCACAGACUCUUGCCUCUGGCAUACAGGUUUUGCAUCUUCUGGAAUUGCUUCAAAACCCUGCAAAACCUAUAUGACCAGGCAUGACAUUGGAGAAAAGCAGGAGGGUAAAUGGGAGACGAAGACGCAUUUACCGUAUUUUUUGCUCUAUAAGACGCACUUUUCCCCUCCUAAAAAGUAAGGGGAAAUUUGUGUGCGUCUUAUGGAGCGAAUGCAGGAGAGCAAGAGGGGGCGGUGUGCACUGACCCCUCUUGCUCUCUUGGCUUCAGGGAUAGCUGCCGUUCAGGGAUAGCCCUGAAGGGGUGCUGCGCAGAGAGGGAGAGAAUAUUUUUUUUCCUUGUUCUCCCCCUCUAGGUGCAUCUUAUAGAGCGAAAAAUACGGUAUUUCCAUUACCAUGAAAACAGCAACCUUUCUCCUUCUUGUUAAUUGAGAAAGUGAGAGGUUUCUGGUCAAGGGAGGAAUCUAAAGGGCUGUGUACACACUUCAAUUACCGGUAAUCUGCAUCCAGUUCUCUGGUUUGGGAAGAGGCUCACGCACGAUGUUAGCCACAAUGCAUGUCUUUUCUUAUGGAAUACUGCAUUUUGUUGCAUUUGCCUCCAAACCAGCUUUGAACUGAAUUGAGAAAAGAAGGACCCAGCAUGCGUUUUAAGCAGGUUAACGCGUACACAUCUCCUUUGGGAUUUCCAAAAGAUGGCAUGCAGGCAGAUAGAGUGCUCCUUUUAGUUAACAGCUCUCUGGCCUUUCUUUUUUGCAAAGUUUAGUUGUCGUCUUCUUCUUCCUCCUCCUCCUCCUCCUCCUCCUCUUCUUCCUCUCCCUCCACUCCAGGCUUUGCACGGAGACUGGUGCCAACAGAUCAAGUACAUCCCGCAGCUCAACCUGGUCGCCUCCUGCACGCCAGCCGAGAAGACUGCCAUGGCCCUCACCUCUCUCCCGCUCCAUAACAUUGGUAAAACCCAGUAAGAGAGGCCUUUUUCUCUCUGCUCUGGAAAUGAACCCAAGGUGGGAUUGAAACGCCGUUACUGUUUCCACCGGAAGGUGGGUAGGGAAAGGGUCAGAAACUUCAGAGAGCCAUAAAAUAUGGGAAGUAUCCAUCAGGAAUUUGUGGCUGAGGCUGUAAAUGCACAAGAGUUUCCAAGGGACCUUUCAAAUGGGAAACCUGGGUCCCAGAAAGGCCCCUGGGAAAUACUACUACUACUACUACUACUACUACUACUAAUAAUAAUAAUACUAAUAAUAAUUUUAUUUAUAUCCCGCCCUCCCCAGCCGAAGCCGGGCUCAGAGCGGCUAACAACAAUCAAAGUAACACAGCAUUCUAAAAUCCAUUCAUUUUAAAAUCAAUUCAAAAUCAAAUUAAUGGCAACCAUUGGGCUAGAGUUCUAUGGGGUUUACAGAAGGAGAGAGGGGGUCAGGCUGUGCCUUGGCCAAAGUCCUGGUGGAACAGCUCCGUCUUGCAGGUCUGCGGAAAGAUGUCAAGUCCCGCAGGGCCCUGGUCUCUUGGGACAGAGCGUUCCACCAGAUCAGGGCCACGGCCGAAAAAGCCCUGGCUCUGGUUGAGGCCAGCCUAACCUUCCUGUGUCCUGGGACCUCCAAGAUGUUUUUGUUUGAAGACCGUAGGGUCCUCCGUGGGACAUACCAGGAGAGGCGGUCCCGUAGGUACGAGGGUCCUAGGCCGCAUAGGGCUUUAAAGGUUAAAUCUUUAAAUCUGGAGGUCUUUUUUUUUAACGUUACUUUGGGGAGGACAGAACCUCCCAGGAUUUGAAGGUAUAGCCAGGUACUCCUCCACUCUGAUUUCAGCCGAGGAAGUGAAAUCGACAAGGUGCUGGUAUUCUCUCUCUGAGGAAUGCUUGCAUCUCCUAUGGGGAGAAGACAUGAGCUGGCCUCCCGCCCCCAAAGGACCUGUGGGAAGAGCUGCCCUCUCCUCUCCCCUUCUCUGCAAAAUCAGGACAAGGGUGUCUGUUCCGCAAGAAGGCAUUACCUUUCUUGUCAGGGCACAAAAUGAGGAGAAGGAGUGAUUGAAGAUCUACCUUGGGAACAAGCAGGGAAUAGAGAUCAACCUUGGGAUCUGCUGUCUCUCCGGAGCCUGCCGCCUGAGGCAUCCUCCUCACCUUGCCUCCUGUUUCUGGUUUACAUGGGCAAAGCAGGGCAAAUGAUUCCCUUGGACAAACUUGGCUAGGGAGUUUGGUGGUGGCGGCGCUGUGGGUUAAACCACAGGACUUCUAGAUCAAGGGAAGUAAUAGUGCCACUGUAUUCUGCUCUGGUCAGACCUCACCUGGAGUACUGUGUCCAGUUCUGGGCACCACAGUUCAAGAAGGACAUUGACAAGCUGGAACGUGUCCAGAGGAGGGCAACCAAAAUGGUCAAAGGCCUGGAAACGAUGCCUUAUGAGGAACGGCUAAGGGAGCUGGGCAUGUUUAGCCUGGAGAAGAGGAGGUUAAGGGGUGAUAUGAUAGCCAUGUUCAAAUAUAUAAAAGGAUGUCACAUAGAGGAGGGAGAAAGGUUGUUUUCUGCUGCUCCAGAGAAGCGGACACGGAGCAAUGGAUCCAAACUACAAGAAAGAAGAUUCCACCUAAACUUUAGGAAGAACUUCCUGACAGUAAGAGCUGUUCGACAGUGGAAUUUGCUGCCAAGGAGUGUGGUGGAGUCUCCUUCUUUGGAGGUCUUUAAGCAGAGGCUUGACAACCAUAUGUCAGGAGUGCUCUGAUGGUGUUUCCUGCUUGGCAGGGGGUUGGACUCGAUGGCCCUUGUGGUCUCUUCCAACUCUAUGAUUCUAUGAUUCUAUGACUUGCCAAUCAGAAGGUCGGCGGUUCGAAUCCCCGCGACGGGCUGAGCUCCCGUUGCUCGGUCCCUGCUCCUGCCAACCUAGCAGUUCGAAAGCACCUCAAAGUGCAAGUAGAUAAAUAGGUACCGCUCCGGCGGGAAGGUAAACGGCGUUUCCGUGCGCUGCUCUGGUUCGCCAGAAGUGGCUUAGUCCUGCUGGCCACAUGACCCGGAAGCUGUACGCCGGCUCCCUCGGCCAGUAAAGCAAGAUGAGCACCGCAACCCCAGAGCCGGCCAUGACUGGACCUAAUGGUCAGGGGUCCCUUUACCUUUACCUUUAAGCCAGCUCUGAAUCUUAAAUUCCCUGGUUUGAAUCUAAUCUUUCCCACACACUCAGCGGUCUUAGGCGAGCUCCGUCUCAGCCGCCUCCCUGGCUUGAAAUAAGGGGGGAUAAUGUCAGUGGCCUUCUGCUUUACAAGGUUGUUCUAAGGAUUGCAACAAGAUUGUGCAUAUGAUAUACUUCACAGCCUGCAAGAGCCAGGAAUUACGAUCACCAAAAGUUCAAGGUUGCAGUUCCAGGAACUGGACAGCAGAUGGUGGUGUUGCACUUCAUUGUUCUCUUCAGGAGCAAUAAUUUGUUUUUGUUUUUUAAAUGUUUUUAUGAAAAGGAUUUUCAUAGUUAACAAGGGUGCAUCCAACAUCUCUGUUUUCAGUUCAUAGUAGAAAAGUGUGAAAUGAAAGCAUUUAAAGCAGUGGUCUCCACCUGUGGGUCCCCAGAUGUUGUCAUGCUGGCUAGGAAUGAUGGGAGUUGUAGUCCAACAACAUCUGGGGACCCACAGGUUGAGAAACACUGAUUUAAAAGAUAGCAGGGUUAGAGCUCAUCCAGACUCCCACUCGCCCUGCAUCUUCCCCCUUGGAAAACCUCAUCUCUACCGCUGAAUCAGAGAAAACUUCAGCCAGAUUUUCCUCAGAUUGACGUUUGCUCCAAUUCAGCAGUAAAGAGUGGGUUUUCAGACAGGAAAGGGAAAGGGUUUGGCCCCUUGGUUUCUAAACACAGGACAGGCCUCACGUCGCCUUGAGGUUUCUUAGGCAAGAACCUACUUGGUCAGAUGGUCUAAUGCACUUUGCAAUCUGCAGACUUGCUGCAGAGAUCCAGGUUGAUCUCUGCGCCUCUGCUCCUUCCUGGAUCAUGGUCGGGUGUCUCUAGCAAAACAUCCUGCAGCCCACCAUGCUUUGGGCAAAUGUCUUUCUGGCCCGUUCCUUCAGAAACUCAGCCAGCCAUUUAUUUUUGAAAGAAAAAGAAGAGAGACGGGCGUACUUAAUCGACACCUCCGCUCUUCCAUUUGUCCCAGAUCAGCGGUGAUCGUUCUGAAGAAAGGCAUCCUUUGCUUUGACUAUUCCUCGGAAAUGAACAUCCUCGGUACGUUCUCUAGAAACGGCUCCUUAAAACCGCCUCCUUCUGGAGCCGGUAUCCUCUUUGGGGACCAGGUGCCUGAGAGAACGGCACCUUCAGGUAUUCUCAGUUGGCAACGAUUUACCUGGAUCCGGUCGAGUCUCGUUUCUAACCCAGUCGAGGCACCGAAACGGCCUUGCUGCCCUGGUGGUUAACCGGGAAGAAGGGUGUGACCCAGUUAGUUUAUUAUUUUAUUUUAUUUAUUGAAUUUAUAUACACCGCCCUAUGAGCUCUCAGGGUGGUUCACAGAACAAAAUCAAAAUAUAAAACCGCAAAUUGAUUCUCCAAAUGUCUCAGCAUACCUCUGGAGGUCUGAGAUGAUGGAGAGCAGAGGCAAAACACUGCCCUUGAAACAACUGAACUGGCUCCUUUCUGUUCCUAAUCCAAGGUGUUUGUUUUAAAUUUGAAGGCUCUAAAUAAGGGAUGAGGGACUUGUGUUGUUCUGAUGUGUCUGCUGCAAUCCUUCUGCACUAUUGCCAUCAGCUUAUGCUUUGCGAUGGCUGCCCCAAGAAAGCGAUGCAGACAGUUCCGCAGAUCGAUCAGUCAGUGCACCCCGCAAAUGAUGAUAAUGAUGAUGAUGAUGAUGAUGAUGAUGAUAAUAAUAAUAAUAAUAUAUUUAUACCCCGCCCAUCUGGCUGGGCUCCCUUAAAAGUGGCUGCAGGUCCCGCUAACGGUGCCACUGAUGGGAUGUAUUUUCUAAUGCAAUGGCAUGAUUAGCUGCUAACAUCAUUGCAUUAUAAAAUAUGUUCCCUCAGUGCUGCAGUUAGAACAUAAAACAACAACAACAACAACAACAACAACAACAAUAUAAUCAUAAUCAUCAUCAUCAUCAGUGCUUUUAUUCUGGGGGUGCGCAUACCCCUAAACAUUUUGUGAACCUAAGUUUGGCCUCAUUGAGGGGCAGUAUUUCAAUAUGAGUAGGAAAAUGAGAGUACCCCUUAACAUUUUUUUAAAGAAAAAAAGUACUGAUAAUAAUAAUUUAUUACUUAUACCCUGCCCAUCUGGCUGGGUCUUCCCAACCACUCUGGGCGGCCUCCAACAGGAUAUCAAAACACAAUAACCUAUUAAACAUUAAAAACUUCCCUAAACAGGGCUGCCUUCAGAUGUCUUCUAAAAGUCUGGUAGUUGUUCUUCUCUUUGACAUCUGGUGGGAGGGUGUUCCACAGGUGGGCACCACCACCGAGAAGGCCCUCUGCCUGGUUCCCUCUAACUUGGCUUCUUGCAGUGAGGGAACCGCCAGAAGGCCCUCGGCGCUGGACCUCAGUGUCUGGGCUGGAUGAUGGGGGUGGAGAUGCUCCUUCUGGUAUACAGGAUAUGGCAAAAGUGGAGCGAUUCCGCCGGAGCUCCUGAGAUGCGCUUUGUCUUUUGGCAGUGACGGGAGGGUACGAGCCCCUGGUCCGCAUCUGGAACCCCUAUGUAACCAGCAGCCCCAUCACGCAGAUGAAGGGCCACUCCACGGCUGUCACCCACAUCAUGAUCAACGGGCAGAGGAACACCAUCGUCAGCGUCUCCAAAGACAAAGUAGGGGUUUGGGUGCGAGAGGCGGGGAAAGGGAAUGCCCCUUGCACCUGCUUGGAAAUGUGGGGGAUCCCUGUCCGUCCGUCCCCCAGGAAGUGGAAGGGUGGGGCUAUAUGCCACGACGGCGGCAAGAACUAUGUUGGCCCAGAACUGGAAAACAGAUGUAAUACCUACCAUUAAGGAAUGGCAGGUCAAAAUGAUGAAUUAUGCAGAGCUGGCUAGAAUAUCAGGAAAACUAAGAGACCAGGAUGAACAGAAGUUUCAAGAAAGUUGGAGUAAAUACUUGAUGUAUAUGAGAGACAAUUGUAAAACAUUAAAGACACUGGCAGGGUUAGAAUAACUCUAACAGCGUAUGAUAGACAAAGCAAAAUAUACAAAAUGCGCAAUGUUAGAAACUAUAUGAUACUUCCCGAAGGAAUGGAGGGAAGUCCAAUGCUCGGCAGAGCUUAGAUAAAUAUGAGAUUUAUUUGUACAAGGUAUGUAUGUAUGCAUGCAUGUUUAAUGGAAAAUCAAUAAAAAAUAUUAUUUUUUUAAAAAAGGAAGGGUGGGACUGGAGGCCUAGAGCUUUUAACUGGAGGUUAAUUUAACCUGCCCUGGAGCAGAGUUCGACUGUUCCAACAGCUGCUGUGAGAACAGGAUGCUGGACAAGAUGGUCCAUUGGCCUCAUCCAGCAACCAGGAUCUUUUUUGAUGCUCACAGUGGCUGAGCAGGGGCCCAUUAUGGGAAGUCUCCGAGCAGCACCCGAGCAACUCUGCCCACCAAGGACUGCCAAACAAUUAAAGCCCUGUGUUGCGAACAAAUAUCAGUAAUAUCCAAAGGCAACGCGAUGACCAAGUACAAUAAUGCGAUGUCAAUAUAAACUCUUUAUAUAAUCUAUGCAGAACAUUGAACAAUAUGAAAUAUAUGAAAUAUGCACUCUCUGCAAAACCAAAUAAACAGAAACCUUCUAAGUCACAAAAUAUGCACUCUUGAUGAAUUCUCUUGAAAACAUUCUAUGCAUAUUUUGUGACUUUCAGAGAUUUAGAAGGUUUCUGUUUAUUUGGUUCUGCAGAGAGUACGUAUUUCAUAUGGUUCAAUGUUCUGUAUGAUAUAAAGAGUUUAUAUUGACUCCCUGCUCCAGCCCUUUCAGGCCCUCUGCCUUCCCCUCUCCUCUCUCUCUCUCAGAACAUCCGCGUCUGGGAUCUGCUGGAUCACUUCUGCCUGCAGUCGAUCCACGGCAGGAACGUCCCCCUGGGCAACUACCCCAUCUCGGCCACCUACUACCACCGGCCCUGCAAUUACAUCAUUUGCGCCACUUACACGGUGAGGAGGGGGCCGGUGAAGGACCGUGGGAUCAGAAGGCGAGAAAUGGCUCCUCUCUCGACUUGGGCUGCUGCUGCUGCUACCUCAUAGUUUGCAAACUGAGUUAUUAGCAUAAUUUUGAAUUUUGGGGUUUCUUUUUUAUUUUUUUUAUUUUCAAUGCAAAAUUACAACAAAAAUUACAAACAUUGAAUCCAAAAUAGAGCAGUACAAACAAGAAAAAAACCACAAGAAAAAAACCAAAAACUAAAACACACAUCAACAAAUAAAACCGUAUCAUCAUUCUAAUCAUUACGUACAUAUACACAUAUUGACUUCCUUCCUUCGUUCUAAGACCUCGAAAUUUUUACUCUUUCUAAAUUGCUGUGUCUAAUGUAGAUUACUUCUAUCUUUAUACUUUUUGCACCAUUUUUUUCUUUCUUUAACCCUGCAAACCAUCAUUCAUUACAUAUCGAUAUACUUACUCCAGAACAAUGUUUUUUUCAUAUACUCUUUAGCACAUCCCCAUUCUUUUAAUAAUUUUUGGUACGAUUGUCCCCUUAUAAAUGCUGUGAGUCUUGCCAGAUGUAUAUAUAUUCACAAAUUGUAAUUUGCCAUUCUUUCAUUGAAAGAAGAAAGAAUUUUGGGGUUUCUGCUGCCUGCCUGCUGCUUGCAGGGCACAGUUUUUGCGCGGUGGGUGGGGCUUGUUGGCAUCCAAUGGCGAAUGGUCACCUCUAGGCAAUUUCUCCUGUCGGGGAGCUGCUCCGAGGUGCCUCUGCCCAUGCUUGGCUCCUCUGGGAAAAUCUCCUGUGUCGUUUUGCUGCAGCUUGGCUUUUUCUACGGCGUGGAGUAUGUCGACUUGGAUGCCAAGACCCAGGACCAGCCGGUGUGCUGUGCACUCUACAACAAGAACUUUAAGCAGGUGAACACCUGGCUGGGAAGAGGGAAGCACCUGGGGAUGUUUACCUGGGAGGGAAAAGUGUGGACCAUCUAGGUGGACCAAUGAUGUGAGCUGCUGUAAGGCAGGUUGGUUCGUUCUCAGCAGGAAUGGUGGCAGAGAGGAGAGGGACAAUAAAGGGGCAUGUCCAAAGUGUUCUCUACCUGAAGCAAAGUUCUUAACCCGAGGUACUAUUUCUGGGUUAGUGGAGUCUGUAACCUGAAGCGUGUGUAAUCUGAAGUGUAGGUAACCCAAGGUACCACUGUAUUAUCUCUCGCUUGGACUACUGCAAUGCGCUCUCUGUGGGGCUACCUUUGAAGGUGACCCGGAAACUACAACUAAUCCAGAACGCGGCAGCUAGACUGGUGACUGGGAGCGGCUGCAGAGACCGCAUAACACCGGUCCUGAAAGACCCACAUUGGCUCCCAGGACGUUUCCGAGCACAAUUCAAAGUGUUGGUGCUGACCUUUAAAGCCCUAAACGGCCUCGGUCCUGUAUAUCUGAAGGAGCGUCUCCACCUCCAUUGUUCUGCCCGGACACUGAGGUCCAGCGCCGAGGGCCUUCUGGCCGUUCCCUCCCUGCGAGAAGCGAGGUUACAGGGAACCAGGCAGAGGGCCUUCUCGGCAGUGGCACCCGCCCUGUGGAACGUCCUGUGGAAUGCAGUUUCUCUCUGUAUGAACCUACCUGCAGUUUAAGAGCUGUGUAAGGAUAGAGAGAGCAUCUUCUCAGUGGCGGGUCCCUGUUUGUGGAAUACACUUCCCUGAGAAGUCAGGCAACCUCUCUACCGUUCAUUUAGAAGACACCUGAAGGCAGCCCUGUUUAGGGAAAUUUUUAAUGACUGAUGUUUUAAUGUAUUUUUAAUCUUUUGUUAGGAGCCGCCCAGAGUGGCCGGGGAAACCAAGCCAGAUGGGUGGGGUAGAAAUAAAUUAUUAUUAUUAUUAUUAUUAUUAUUAUUAUUAUUAUUAUUCAGGAGAACAAUGCUUGCUCCCCUAGACUUGAAACAGCUUUGCGACUUUUUGAAUUGCAAUGGUUUCAUCUAAAUUGUCCCCUGCUGCUCUUUUAUGCUUUUCUUGUUUUUAGAGUUGGGAAGAGCAACAAAAUAUUGCCGUGUCGUGCAUUUUUGAAGGCUGGCCUGCCGGCGUGUUUGUCCCUGAAGGUGGAUGGCCUUGCUUGCUUUAAAUUAUUUUUCUGGUUGCGAGAACUCUCAACGAACGGAGAGUGCGUGUGCAAAUGCACAUUGUGAAUCUGACCGACCUUCUCGAGUUAACUGUCCAUUCUGGUUUUCUCCCACAGGUGGUCAGCGGCUGCUACAGCGGGGUCAUCACCGUUUGGGAUAUCAUGACCGGGCAGAAAGUGAUGGAGUUUUCCACCUCGUCAGGGCAGCCGGUGGAAAUCACGGCAAUGACCUUUGAUACCCCUGAGAGGCGGCUGAUCACAGCCCUGAAAAACGGGACCAUCAAAUUGUGGAACUUCAACAACGGCGCCUGCCUGAUAGAGCUACCUUUUGACGACAAGGCUGAGGUCAGCGCAGGGGGCGAAAUGAGAAUCUGGUUCAAUAACCCUUCUCUCUCUCUCUUUUUAAAAUCAUUUUUAUUAUGUUUUCCAUUUUAACACUCCAAUCAAAUCACAUUAAAUAAUCCAGAUUAUACCUAUACAUAUCGAAUAAUCCAAAUAUUCUGCUGAAUUAUAAAAAGAUUUAUUGGGACUUCCCAUGCUUCAAGUUCGGGGGGGCUCUGAUCAUCUUAUAUCUCUACUGCUUUUGAUAGUCGUUUCUAAUAGUUCCUUUAAAUCUCCCUGUUGUUAACCUUCUUUCUUUCACGGCCUCGUGAGUUGUUCCCAGAAGCGAGUUGAAGUAAAAUGAUGCGUUUCUGUGUGGAUUUUAGGUGUAUGAUUCCCCUCUGUCUGUUGCAACAUCUCCUCACACACUGUUGUUUUUGCCGAAUUAAUCCAAAAGUCUUUUCGCUGCUGGCAGUCGCCAUCUUCUCAUUAAUUCUGGUUGGAUGACCCUUCUCAGCCAGAGAAACCUUUGCUGCUCUGGAGGGGAUGCACAAGGCAGUGACUGGCCACCUCAGAAUAAUAAAUAAUAAUAAUAAUAAUAAUUUUUUAUUUAUACCCCGCCCUUCCCAGUUCAAAAACCGGGCUCAGGGCAGCUAACAACGAAUUUAAUUGUAAAAGCAGCAUAAAAUACAGUAUAAAAACAUGAAUAACAAUAAAAUUCAAAAUUCAGAAAUCAAUUUAGGGGAAAUAAGCAUUAGUUAAUCCCCAGGGCUAGCUGGCUAAAUCAGUCCUACUUGGGCCAGCAAGGAGGCCAGGGGAGAAUUAGCUGUGGGAUCCCAGAGCGGGCAAUCUUCAUAAAAAGGGGAGGGAGAGGGAAGAGAAGGGAAAUAAAAGAUCAGGCUGAAUUCAAAAUAAAGGCCAGGCGGAAUAGCUCUGUCUUACAGGCCCGACGGAAGGAGGUUAAAUCCUGCAGGGCCCUGAUCUCAUGGGACAGAGCAUUCCACCAGGUCGGAGCCACCACUGAGAAGGCCCUGGCCCUGGUGGAGGAUAGUCUGACUUCCUUAGGGCCCGGGACCUCUAAACUAUGAUUAUUCAUGGACCUUAAGGUCCUCUGUGGGGCAUAUCAGGAGAGGUGGUCCCGUAGAUACGAGGGGCAUAAGCCUCGGCCACAACUCCCUCCCAAGUGCUCUGGGGAUACUGGGAAAUCUUUUCACGAAUCCCUUGAAACUCUACACUUUUUUGAUUCUAUGAAUCUGCUGCGUUUACAAGUCGCUGCCCAGUCCAUGCCCCGCAGUAUUCUGGGCAAUGGCUGAUCUGAUCUGCAGGAGCUGCCCUGCCCUCUCAGCAGGAGCAGUGGCACCCUCUGUUCUGCCCUCAGGGUCUGACCUGGCAGUGAGGAAGGGGUUGGGCAAGGUGCUUUAUCCAGAGCGAGACACCAGAACUGCAGCUGAUAUUGGUGAGGAAUUCCUCCUCUGAACUGCACCGCCAUACUCUCGUGCGCCACACCAAUCUCCGGGCAGUGCGAGAUUCCAGGGGUUCCUGGCGCUUUCCCCAGAAUGAGGGACAGGGGAGACUGUGGUGUCUUUAGGAUAUAUGGUUUAUUUGCACAUGAAGGCAGCCCUGUUUAGGGAAGCUUUUAAUGUUUAAUAGAUUAUUGCAUUUUAAUAUUCUGUUGGAAGCCGCCCUGAGUGACUGGGGAAACCCAGCCAGAUGGGCAGGGUAUAAAUAAUAAAUAAUAAAAAUAAUUAUUAUUAUAGUAUACAACCUGCACUGACGAUGCAAUAACACCCCAAAAGGGACUGGCUUCUCCCAUAGCCAAAGCCUUGGAAAUUUCAGCAGAAAUCAGGCGUAGCUCUGUCUCUCAUCUGCCCAGCCUGAUUCUUACUCUCCAACGCCUCAACUCGGGCUUUUGUGUGCACCUUGUUUGUCUGUAUAACCGGCUUUCUGCACUUUUGCGUCUCCGCAAUAGAUCGGCUGCGUCUUGUACAUGAACCAGAAGAUUUUCGUGGCUGGGUGGAGCAAGAGAGUGACCUGGUACCUGUAAGUAGAGACCAAGUGCUGGUGGGAUGGGGGGUUUCCAAUGUUCUCCACUUCAAGGCCAGGCCAUUGCUAGACACUUAAAGACCCGGGCAACACCGUAUUUUUCGCUCCAUAAGACGCACCUGACCAUAAGACGCACCUAGUUUUUAGAGGAGGAAAACGAGAAAAAAAAUAUUCUGAAUGAAACAGUGUAUGAUUUUUGUGGUUCAUGCUGUGGCCACUGACAUGAUAUGUGAUUUGAUGGUGAGUUUGGGAUAGCCCAAUGCAAAAAUCCUGACAAUCCAUGUGGAUCCGUGCUUGGUAACCACGUUUUUGUGCCAUUGCAGCCCCACGAAACAGUGUGUGUGUGAUUUUCUUUGGUGCAGGCUAUAGCCAUGGACAUGCUAUGUGCAGUGGCGUAGCGUGGGGGGUGCAGGGGGGGCCGGCCGCAACAUCUGGGGGGCCGGCGCUCGCACUCGAGUGCUAAAAUCCACGGGUUAGGGGGCGCAAAUUACUUGCCUUGCCCCGGGUGCUGACAACCCACGCUACGCCACUGGCUAUGCGAUCUGAUGGUGAAUUUGGGGUGACCCGAUGCAAAAGUCCUGAGGAUCCAUAUGCUUUUACCUCCCUCCUCCAAGGCAACCUCCUUUAUCUCUAGAGUCCCUUAUCCCCUCCUGAUCGCUUGCCGAUCAGCUGCUCAGCGGCUGUGUUUCAACACCCCCUCCCCUCUUUCUAAAAAAAAAAAAAAAAAGCACGAUCUGCUUUUUGCCCCUGGGCAAUUCUGCUCCAGGGACCACGCAUUCGCUCCAUAAGAUGCACAGACAUUUCCCCUUAAUUUUUAGGAGGAAAAAGCUGCGUCUUAUGGAGCGAAAAAUAUGGUAUAAAUUAACAUUUGCAUAAAACCCUCCAGUAUGAGAAAGGAGACGUUUGCUGGUAUACCUUUCUUCGGGGGGAUUUUGAUUGGAAGAAUGACAUGCAGAUGAAAGCCUGUUCAUACUUGCCCUGUCUGUUUUCGUGCCGUUUGCAGGGAUGAUAACAGUUCCCCCAUUAUGCACAUGAGGCUGCUCUAAGAUCUUAACAAAGAGCUAAUAUGGGGUAACUGUGCCCCUGAAGGACCAGGUGCGCAGCCUGGGAGUCAUUCUGAACUCGCAGCUGUCCAUGGAGGCGCACGUCCAUUCUGUGUCCAGAGCACCUGUCUACCAGCUCCAUCUGGUACGCAGGAUGAGACCCUCCCUGCCCAUAGACUGUCUCUCCAGAGUGGUGCAUGCUCUAGUUAUCUCCUGCUUGGACUACUGCAAUGCGCUCUAUGUGGGGCUACCUUUGAAGGCGACCUGGAAACUACAACUAAUCCAGAAUGCGGUAGCUAGAUUGGUGACUGGGAGCGGCUGCCAAGACCACAUAACACCGGUCUUGAAAGACCUAAACUGGCUCCCAGUACGUUUCCGAGCACAAUUCAAAGUGUUGGUGCUGACCUUUGAAGCCCUAAAUGGCCUCAGUCCUGUAUAGCUGAAGGAGUGUCUCCACCUCCAUCGUUCUGCCCGGCCACUGAGGUCCAGCUCCGAGGGCCUUCUGGUGGUUCCCUCCCUGUGAGAAGCCAAGUUACAGGGAACCAGACAGAGGGCCUUCUCGGUCUCGGUAGUGGCACCCGCCCUGUGGAACACCCUCCCACCAGAUGUCAAAGAGAAGAACAACUACCAGACUUUUAGAAGACAUCUGAAGGCAGCCCUGUUUAGGGAAGCUUUUAAUGUUUAAUAGGUUAUUGUGUUUUGAUAUUCUGUUGGAAGCUGCCCAGAGUGGCUGGGGAAACCUAGCCAGAUAGGUGGGGUAUAAAUAAUAAAUUAUUAUUAUUAUUAUUAUUAUUAUUAUUAUUAUUAUUAUUAUUAUUGGCUUCCCCCCUUUUCUGUGAUGUAAGGGGAGGAUUCUGCCUCCUGCUCCUCUCCUCUCCCUGGACAGCUGCGACGGGGCUACUUAAUUUCUCCUAACUAGAGACAACAAGGAAGACGAGAAAGUGAUUGAGUGCAAGCACUGGAAGUCCUACCACUCUGACGACAUCUCGUGCAUGGACAGCUACGGCAAGAAUCUUUUGGCGACCGCAUCCUGCAACGGAGACAUCGUCCUGUGGAGCGUCCACUCUGGGCAGGCGUUCUGCCGAUUCAACGCAUCCGAGAGCCCCUUGAUCCUUGCUCCCCAAAGGGUAACGUUCAAAGCCCCAUACGCCACAAAGGCUCUCUUUUGUAAAUUACCAAGGCGGUUGGCAUUUCCCUGGGGCUUCAGAGGAGUGAAAACUCCCACUCCAGAGAGCAGUAGCCUUUUCCGCCUGCCACUGCUGGCUGCUGUGCAGUUUUGCUCAGGGAAAAUGCCCCACGAGACAGAUUUGAGAAUAGAUCUCUGGGCGGCAGGUUUGCCGGAGAUCAGCAAGAGUGUCCGACUCCCAGUUGUUUAGCAAUAACAACAUGGUUUAUUCCACCUGAGCUCAUUUCAUUUCUGAAGACUAAUCCCUGGGCUCAGAAAGUCUCCUGAAGUGCCCUGGUGAAGAUGGUAUACAGUUGGUAUUUGACUCCAUCAAAAUUGGCAAAGAUUAACAAAAAAAUAAAAAAUAAAACAGCAGCAAGUGUUGGAGGUGUCAGCAUGAAAAUGGAAACUUUUCCCACAUGUGGUGGACGUGUCCCAAAAUUAAAUCAUUUUGGGACAUGAUAUAUGAUGAAUUGAAGAAAAUGUUAAAAUACACAUUUACAAAAGCACCAGAAUUAUUUUUAUUGGGUAUUUUUACAAUAAACAUCCCAAAGGUUAAUAAAAGAGUUUUUCUUUAUGCCAAUACGGCCGCCAGGAUUCUUGUAGCAAAAUACUGGAAGAGGAGAAUGGCGUCUAAAGCUAUGUGAAUAUCUUGAACUAGCGAAACUAACAGAAUCAAUAAGAAAUUCGAGAAAUAAAAUUUAGAAAGAAUGGGAUGUUUUUAAAAAUUACAUGAUGUCGUAUGUUUCCAAUGAUUGCUCUUGGUUGAGCAUAGACUAAAUUCCACAGAGAUAAGAGAAAAGGUUCCCGCAGAACAGGAAAGGACACAGAAAGUCUAAGAGAUGAGAAUGUAGGAACCGCAUAGUGGUAGAAGGAAGUCAUUAAACAAAUCCCAGUUGUUUAGCAAUAACAAAAUGGUUUAACAAAAUUGAUAAGGUGAAGAUAAAACGAACUCUUAUUAGAUUUAUAUGUUUAAAAGAAUGUCGAUGAUGGUUUGUAAUUCCUAAAAACCUGUAUGUCGUGGAUAAUAUUUUUAGUUAAACUUUCUAUUUCCCCCCCAUCUUUUUUCUUGUUUUUCUUUUCUAUUUUCUCCUUGUGUACAUUCUUUUUCCUCCGUAACAGAACAAUGUGUGUGAUUAUGCAUAGUUUUUAAUGUGUAAAUAGAGAUGAUUUCAUAGGCGGGGAAAAGUAACAAAAUCCGUACAGUUGCUUCUACUAUUGCAUUUGGAUUUCUAAUCUUUCUACAUUGGAAAUCUUGAAGGCCCCUUUCCAAAAUGAAAUUUCUUUUCCUAUGUCAUGGGAUGCAUCUGGCAAGAUGCUCUCUCUCACACCAACCAUUUAAAAGUUCACCUGUUGACCCAACGUGGGCUUUCCUGAUGGUGGGAAGAAACACCACAUCCCUUUGCUGGGAUGAGGCCAAGGGAUCCCAAGCCCUCCUCUUCCAAGGGACAGCAGCUGGCCUGGCCUGCUCCCACCCUUCAAUAUUUGGGGGUGAGGGGGUGGGGCAAGCGGUGUGCCUGGUUGCACUGAAAUGGCGUCCUCUUUCACCAGGAGUUCUCCUCGGACCCAGACAUCCCCUUGCUGAACAAGGGCCCCAAGAAGACAGGCUGCAACCAUCGGCAGGCGAUGAAGAAGUGCUUCGCCUGCUCAAGAAAGGCCACCGCCUUCAAAACUGCCAUCCCUCAGCGGCCGGCCAGCGCAAAGACUCACCAGGUGACAUCUCUUUUAUAUAUAUAUAUAUAUAUAUAUAUAUAUAGGUUUUUUAACGUAUCAUUUCCAGCAAUUAUUAAACACACUUUUAUAUCUUAUACAGUCAUACCUCGGGAUGAAUACGCUUCAGCUUACAAUAUUUUCGGGUUGCGCUCCGUGGCGACCCAGAAGUCACGGAGUGCAUUACUUCUGGGUUUUGCCGCUUGCGCAUGCACAGACGCGCAAAAUGAUGUCGCGCGCAUGCGCGGAAGCGGCGAAAUGCGACCUGCGCAAUUUGCGCAGUCGCGUCUUACGUUCGCAUCCCAAGGUACCACUGUACAAUUUUUUUGACUUCCAUCAAUCACAUCUGAAAAUUUUCCAAUCUUUCCACUUAAUUUACAUUUCUUACUUUCACUAUUACAUUUCAAUCUCAUAACUAAUAUCUUUCUUCUUUCUCGUCUUUGCAAUAUUUCAUAUAUUCCUACUAGCGUAAUUUGUUGAUUACAGUUGCUCUUCAAAUAAUUCGUAAAUUUCUUUCAAUCUUCUGUGAAUCUCCGGUCCCACAGGCUUCGAAUCCUUCCUGUCAUUUUACCCAAUUCUGCGUAGUCCAUUAAUUUCGUCUGCCAUUCUUCUUUUGUCGCACCAGGUGACAUCUCCUAUUCCCCAGAGGCGCCCGGCUUCAGCCAUGCCCGGAAACCGCAUCAUGCGCCCAGCUACGUCCGUUCCCGGAAGCCACAUCAUGAAGCCCCAGGUAGGGUUUUUUUUUGGGGGGGGGAACCUCCUUGGGGCUGAUGUGGGGGGCAAGAGGAGUGGGCAGCCCUGCUUUUCUCUGCUCAGUUAAUGUGCAAAGUGUUGGCGAGCACAUGGCAUGGUGCAUUAUGCUGCCGGCUUGUGCCUGAAGACAGGGAACCCAGGCAGGUCUUUCUCUCUUAGACACCCUUCCCUUCUCAGUGCGUUUCCUAUCUUGGCCUGGAGCCAGACCUAUGUGCAUUGUGCAACCCCCAAUUGUCUUCUCCACCUCUGGCUUCUUGUAUACAGUCAUACCUCGGGUUACAGCCGCUUCAUGUUGCAUUUUUUCAGAUUGUGGACUGCCGAAACCCGGAAGUACCAGAACGGGUUACUUCCAGGUUUCGGCAGCCACGCAUGCGCAGUAGUGCUAAAUCACGCUUUGUACAUGCGCAGAAGCGCUGAAUUGCAACCCACGCAUGCGUAGAUGAGCAGAUGCAGGUUGCGAACGCUGCGGGUUGUGAACAUGCAUCCCGCAUGGAUCACGUUCGCAACCCGAGCGUCCACUGUAUUUACUAUUGGUCCUUAAAGAUCUUAAGCAUGAGUGUGUGUGAGUCUGCAGCUGUUUUUUGGCUUUGCUGGUAGUGGGUUUUUUUAACCUCAAGAUUCCUUCCUCUCGUCUGCCUUCUUUAUUUUCAGCUGAUUAAUUGCUCUUCCCAUGGCUAGAUUUCCAUGGAAGAAUUCUAAUUUCAUGGAAUCAUAGAAUUGUAGCAUUCGAAGGGACCCCCACGGGUCAUUUAGGAAUCUCAGCUAAAGUGUCUCUGACAGAUGGCCAUUCAACCUCUGCUUAAGAACAUCAAAGGAAGGAGAGAAACGCAAUGCAAUGCAAAUAAAUCAAUAAAAUUAAUAACAGCCCAAUAUCACUUUUAUGAUCUUGGCAGGGUGCAACAGGGUUAACCCUGUAUGUGGUGGAAUCUAUAAAAUCUGCACCAAUGGUCCCUGGUGAGGCACAUGCUGCGGAUUUGAGAUGUCUUCACAAGCAGCCAGGCCAGAGCACUAGCGGACCUUCUUAGAAAAAGCCUGAUGAUGUUUCUCUCGACUUUGCAGGUAGCCUGGGAACCCGAAGGAAGCGACAAGACUGCCACUGGUUCUCAUGCUCACGCAGCCCCUGAGACUGGCUCACCGAAGGCCGAGACCCCUACAUGGCAGGAAGAAGUCAUCGCCAGCCGGGUUGGUGUAGAGAAGGUUAGUGCCGCCGGUUCCUCUGCCACGGGUCCAGUAGCAUGGGGUCUGGGUUCGGCCAAGAGCAGCCCUGCGCAAACUCCAAUUUUUAAUAGCGCUCAUUUCUGCGCUCGUUUCUUUACUCAAGGAAAUAAUUUUUUCUAUCAAUGUGGGAUUGCCAUUUCCCCAGAGUGCAUCACAGUCUUCCACCUUGCCCCUUCAUCCGCUAAGUGCUUCUUUUCACUCUGAAUGGAGUGUUCGUAACCUGAAGGAGCGUCUCCAUCCCCAUCAUUCUACCCUGACACUGAGGUCCAGCGCCAAGGGCCUUCUGGCGGUGUAGUGUGGUGUAGUGGUUAAGAGCGAUAGAAUCAUAAUCUGGGGAACCCUGUUCGCGUCUCCGCUCCUCCACAUGCAGUUGCUGGGUGACGUUGGGCUAGUCACACUUCUUUGAAAUCUCUCAGCCCCACUCACCUCACAGAGUGUUUGUUGUGGGGGAGGAAGGGAAAGGAGAAUGUUAGCCGCUUUGAGACUCCUUAAAGGGAGUGAAAGGCGGGAUAUCAAAUCCAAACCAGGCAGGGGGCCUUCUUGGUGGUGGCACCCACCCUGUGGAACGCCCUCUCACCAGAUGUCAAAGAGAUAAACAACUACCAGACUUUUAGAAGACAUCUGAAGGCAGCCCCGUUUAGGGAAGCUUUUAAUGUUUGAUGCAUAAUGGUAUUUUAAUAUUUUGUUGGAAGCCGAGCCAGAGGGGUGGGGUAUAAAUAAAUAAUAAUAAUAAUAAUAAUAAUAAUAAUGAUUUUUGCCAAAAAGCCACAUAAAUUUGAGAUUGAGAUGUAUGGCGAGAUCAAGGAAGGGAAGGUUUACAACGAGGGCAGCAAUAGAGCUGUCAAACUGGAAGCAGAUGGAAGCACUGGGCAAUGAUGAUAAGAUGCAAUUGCUCUCGUUGCUUCAGGCGUCAUCCAUAUUGACGCCUGCCGUAUCCAAAACGGUGUGAAUAUUUCGCACGGUGCAGGAAUGAGCUCCACACUUACGGUUCUCAUUGGCUGCCGCCAUUGUACGGCACUGUCACAUGGAAUCGCAGAGUUGCAGUGGGUUCCAAGGUCCAACCCUGUGCACUCACAGCUGGAGAAGUUUUCCUAGCAGCUUCCAAGAGGGUGUUAGCCAAAGAACUGGGCCCCUCCCUGAGACCAAUUACCAACCACCUGGUGCCCGCCAGAUCCUGUGAACUAUCACUCCCAUCGGCCACACCCAGUGUGGUCAAGGAUGUGGGCAGUUUAGGACCACAUCCUCUGCAAAGCACCACACUGGGAAAACCCCCGCAGUCACUGCGAUUCUGAAAGGUCUCUCGAUUUACCCGUCUUUGCCUUUCUAGAUCCUCUUUCUGAAAGCUCGCGAGCGAGACUCUCACACAGCCAUUUUGCUGACCAGCUGCUCCGACGGGAACAUCUACGCUUGGACGUUCGGCGGCAAAGGAGGGAUGCUGGGCAAAUUCCGAGGAGGCCACGGACAUGCCCAGGACACCGUGGUCUGUUCCAUGAGCACAGAUGACAAGAACCUAGUCCUCUUCACUGGGGAUUCCUUGGGCUACUUGAAGGUCAGUGCUCCCACUUCCCUGUGGAUUAGGGACUAGGCAGUUGAUGGCUCCAUAUUCUGGGCAUGGUGCCUCCAACUCCUGGCUGCCUGUUUGCCUCAGUGCCCUCCAGAUGUUCUGGACUGUAACAACAACAACAACAACAACAACAACAACAACAACAACAACAACAACUUAUUUAUACCCCACCCAUCUUGCUGAAUUUCCCCAGCCACUCUGGGCAGCUCCCAAUCAAGUGUUAAAAACAAUACAGCAUUAAACAUUAAAAGCUUCCCUAAACAGGGCUGCCUUCAGGUGUCUUCUAAAAGUCUGGUAGUAGUUUUUCUCUUUGACAUCUGGUGGGAGGGCGUUCCACAGGGCGGGCGCCACCACCGAGAAGGCCCUCUGCCUGGUUCCCUGUAACUUGGCUUCUUGCAGUGAGGGAACCACCAGAAGGCCCUUGGCACUGGACCUCAGUGUCUGGGCAGAACGAUGGGGGUGGAGACGCUCCUUCAGGUAUCCUGGACCGAGGCUGUUUAGGGUUUUAAAGGUCAGCACCAACACUUUGAAUUGUGAUUGGAAACAUACUGGGAGCCAAUGCAGAUCUCCCAGUAACUCCCGUCGCAGCCGUGAUGCCUGAGGCUGGUGGGACCUGAAGCCCAAAUGGUUAUUUCUUCAUCUCCUACACAGAGAACUGAAAGCUCAGACAAUUCGGAGGAGUGUGAAUCUCAAAGGAUGGUUGUGUUUUCGGUUUGCAUGGUGUGAAUUAAGUAGGUUUGCCUUUAAAUGUGAAUAGAAUCAAAUUCUCCUUGUCCUUUCUCUGCUCCCAAACUCCAUGGUGCUUUUGUUGCCUCCAGUCCCACAGCUUCCCUAUGGGUUCCUGCAGGGGCGUUGCAUGAACCCACAGUGGGUGGGGCCCAGAGGGUGAAGGAGCCCACGGAGGCAGCCCAGCCUUGCCCACCUGGCAUGCCGAGGGAGAAAUGAGCUCCCUUGGCCACAAUGCCUCAUGGGGUUGGGGCUAAGGGAGCUUGUUCCUCCAUGCUCUGGGUGCUGGCAGCCAUCCCUGCCCCCUCCUCAAAAUGUGCCCGGGGCCCCGGCCCCUGCUGCCCUCCCCACUUGCUACGCCACUGGGUUUCUGUGCUUGACACAGCUGCUCAGGUAUAUACAGUGAAGGGGGGAAAAGUAUUUGAUCACCUGCUAAAUUUGCCCGUUAGCCCUCUGACGAAGAAAUGACCAGAAAUGACAAAACCUGGCGGCCACCUACAAGAAACUUCUGACCUCUGUAAUUGCCAACAAGGGUUUUGCCACCAAGUGCUAAGUCAUCUUUUGCAAAGGGAUCAAAUACUUAUUUCACUCAUUAUAAUGCCCUCCAAUCUCUGACUUUUGUCUUCUGGGUUUCUGGGGGGUUUUCCUGUUGUCAUUCUGUCUCUCGCAGCUACAAUAAACCUACCAUUAAAAUUAUGGACUAGUCAUUUCUUCGUCAGAGGGCAAACGGGCAAAUUUAGCAGGAGAUCACUGUAACCUUGUGAAGGCAGUUAGCAGGAUAUGAAAUGUUUGCUCAGGUACUGGCCAUGGCUCCACCCUCUGAAUGUCCCCUGUGGAAAAUGAAAGGAAGGUGGCUUGCACCAAGGGUGGCUGCGCCUGUGGCUAUUGCACAGCCGCUCUGCUCUUUUUGAAAAUGCCAGACGUUCUGCGUUGUGAGAAGGGUGGCAGAGCCAAGGGGCAAACACAAAGCCGCCACGAUUUGCUUGCUGAGUCACGUGGAUGCGCUCCAGACAGGGAGCGAGCAAAGCACACCGUAGACAUUUCUAUUUUAAUGGGAUUGUUUUCAUUGUGCAUGUUAAUUGUUGUGCAUUUUAAUGAUGCACAGUCAUAAUUUGCAAGCUGCUUUUUGAAAUACAGUCGUACCUUGGCUCCCAAAGCCUUGGGAGUCGAAUGUUCCAGCUCCUGAAUGAUCGAAAAACGUGAGUGAGUGUUCUGGUUUUGGAACUUUUCUGGGAAGCCGAGUGUCUGGUGUUGCUUCCGCUAUUGUUUCUGGUGCACCUGCACAAUUGGAAACUAAUUGGAAGCCGCGCCUUGGUUUCUGAACGUUUUGGAAGUCAAAUGGAUUUCUGGAACGGAUUCCGUUCGACUUUUGAGGUACGACUGUAUUUCGUAUCCUGCCCUUCCUCCUGAUGCAGUUUCAAAACAAUUAUUUAUUUGCAUUACAUUUGGUCUUUUAAAUUUUUGUACCAUUCCUCUGGGUUUCCUUGCAGGUCGUUCACACACCUCUCUGUUAGCCUCUUGUCCUUUGCACAUUUCCCAGUACAUUUCCCUGUGGCUUUCCAGACCGCAAACAGUCCUAUUCUUUUUUUUAGAAGCGGAUUUGUUGCGCUAGGACAACAGAGGCCUUUUUAUCCACUAUUAGCUGCGCAAGCCUAAAGUUCUGGCAUUUUCUUGACUCUCUCCUGCAACGUACCGAGAAGGCUGGAGGCACCCCUGGCGCGGAAAGAUCCCGAGUCAGGGUCCUCUGCUCACCAUUCCCUCCCUUUUUCCUAGAUCUGGGAUAUCAUGAAUUACUGCACACCGAGAGGGGAGAUAGAUCCUGAGUCAGAGAUUAGCGACGAGAAUCUUCCGCAGCUGAGCCAGAACGCUUUUCGCGGCUUAAUCCCUGAUUACUGCAGAAUUCCUUCGGACUUCAGUUCCUCCGGUAUAACCGAAGAGGUUAGAAGCGUGACAUCCUUUUUCCAGAGAGGUACUAAGCUGUCCCAAUGGGACUGCGUGAGAGGAAGUGUUUGGGCAACAUGGCACACGUUGGAUUGUGUGAUUAUUUAAUAAUGACAGCUUUCUCCAUUUUAUUGUUGAUUCUACUUCGCCGUCUGACCCCAGAACACUCCUUUAACUCAUGCAUCCCAGACAUAAAGUCUGCAAGUUUUGGUAGCUUUUAGCCCAUCUCCCACAAGACUCAGAAGGGUCCUCCCUCCCCCCACAAGAUUUCCUUCCAAACCAGGAACUAUUCCCAGCAACAACAACAACAACAAUUUAUUAUUUAUACCCCACCCAUCUGGCUGAGUUUCCCCAGCCACUCUGGGCGGCUUCCAAUCGAGUGUUAAAAGCAAUACAGCACUCAAUAUUAUUAUUAAUACUAUAAUAAUAAUUAUUUAUUAUUUAUACCCCACCCACCUGGCUGGGCUUCCCCAGCCACUCUGGGCAGCUUCCAACAAAAUAUUAAAAUACCGUAAUACAUCAAACAUUAAAAGCUUCACUAAACAGGGCUGCCUUCAGAUGUCUUCUAAAAGUCUGGUAGUUAUUUUUCUCUUUGACAUCUGGUGGGAGGGAGUUACACAGGGCGGGCGCCACCACUGAGAAGUCCCUCUGCCUGGCUCCCUGUAACUUGGCUUCUCGCAGUGAGGGAACCGCCAGAAGGUCCUCGGAGGUGGACCUCAGUGUCCAGGCAGAACGAUGGGGGUGGAGACACUCCUUCAGGGAUACAGGACCAAGGCUGUUUAGGUCUGCCGCCUUCCUGACGACGGGCUUCAGCAUCCGGUGUAACAGGGGCCUCUUUAAUUUUCUGCGGCAGGAACACGAGGGCUGGUUCACCUCUCUGAUUCCCCCCGUCUGCCUGAGCUCCUGGAGGGGACACUUGAAGAACGUGGGCAGCAUCAAAUACGUGGAGAGAUUCAGGGCGAUUCUCACUUCCAGCCACGACAGCACAAUCAAGCUCUGGAUGCUCUCGGGGAGACACGUGGGUGAGGCAUUUUCUCUCGGAUGGUGUCGUGGGAGACCAGGAGGCUGGUCCGGGGCAGGGGAGCAGAGCGACGGAAUCAUUGAAUUGGGUGGGACCCCGAGGGUCAUCCAGCCCAGCCCGCUGCAAUGCUGGAAGUCCAUUCACCCUGAGCUGCUGCAGUCGGGCAGCAGAAAGAAAAGGAACUGCCCACAUCUCCAAACCUGCACCAUGUCGAUGCGCCUGUAGCUCUGGGGUGGGAGGAAGGUGUGUGGCCUGGGGAAGGUUUCAGGGGCCAGAUAGAGGGUUUGGGAGGGCCACAUUUAGGUCCCAGGCCUGACAGCGAAUGAUUCCUGGAGGCCCAGGAAGUUUUCUUCUCCGCACUUUGAAUCAGGGCCGGAUUUAGGUUUGAUGAGGCCCUCAGCUCCUGGAGGUAACGGGGCCCUUUAUACGUCCAGCUGUCUUUUGUCAACAACAAAUUGUCGCUGUUUUUUGGGUUGAAUAUAUGCUGUAUGGUAAUUUAUGGACCUAAUAGGUACCUAAAGUCAUUUGCACAUAACAAAAUAUGUAUUUUAUCAAAGUAAUUUACGAUACGAUAAUCUUUAUUGUCAUUGUCCCAUACAGAACAACGAAAUUGAGAAAAUCUACACCAGACAUUCAAAAACCAACAAGCCUGCUAUCCCAUCUAUCCCAACCUGGUUAGCCCCCUAAAAACUCUGAUACCCCAUAAUUAAAUACAAUAUACUCCCACAGAGACUAGCUUACACUGCGUUUAAAACCAAAAUCGCAUUUGGAUAGAUGCUCUUUCUCAGGCGGCUAGUCCUAGUCUUUAUAAGGUGGGGGAUGCUCAUCUGUCAUGUGUGAUCUGGUUGAUAUUCCUGCAUCGCAGGGGGUAAUAAUAAUAAUAAUAACAAUAAUAAUUUAUUUAUACCCCGCCCAUCUGGCUGGGUUUCCCCAGCCACUCUUGGCGGCUUCCAACAAAAUAUUAAAAUACAAUAGUCUAUUAAACAUCAAAAGCUCCCAAUCAAGUGUUAAAAACAAUACAGCAUUAAACGUUAAAAGCUUCCCUAAACAGGGCUGCCUUCAGGUGUCUUCUAAAAGUCUGGUAGUAGUUUUUCUCUUUGACAUCUGGUGGGAGGGCGUUCCACAGGGCGGGCGCCACCACCGAGAAGGCCCUCUGCCUGGUUCCCUGUAACUUGGCUUCUUGCAGGGAGGGAACCGCCAGAAGGCCCUUGGCACUGGACCUCAGGGUCUCUUCCAACUCCAUGAUUCUAUGAUAGGACCCCUGACACACACCCCUUUGACACUUUCCACAGCAAGGCAAUCUUUCUUCUGCCCUGAGAUCAGCUGGAUUCUCUGACUAAUGCAUGCAAUGCAAAGAAAGAAAGUUUGCAUACGUUUUCUUAGAUUGCAAACUGUCUUCAGCUAGCUAGGCCAACGAACUACGGAGGGCAGCCUCCCUUUCCCCACUGGAAGUUGUGCUCAGACUCUAAUUUGCCCUCAGGGAUAUAUCACUAGGGGCAAGUUCUAAGCUUCUCUCGAAACCUUGGUCUAUUUUCCGUGGCCAUUAGGGACUGGAAAGUGGCUAAAAAUAACACCAGGCUGAGAUUUCCCGAGGCGCUGACUUUUGCAGCCAGUACCAAAAUCCAGUGUCUAGUGUGCGUGUUCUGCUUUGGCAAAAGGGAGGGUGCUCAGAUUAGGUGCUUCUCUCGCAGGGACGUUUGGGCAGGCGGUGUGGAGGCUGGAAUUGCAGUCCAUGAUGGCAGCAGAAGUGCCUGAGGACAUCCGCCGAACAGGCUCGCUGCAGACCCUGAAGGUCCUGAACGAAGGCCGGCAGCCCCACUGGGAGUGAGUAAACAGAGGCGGACGCCUUUUCUUGGCCCUGCAGCGGAGGGGCCCCUUUGCUGCAAUCUUGUACCUGCAGCACGGAAAAUAGUGCCCCCCCCGAGCGCUAUGGAGAACACAGCGGCUAGUUGCUGCUAGAAACAGCAUCCCCUCCAACAUUUUUCCAAUGAAAAAAGGAAAAGCGAGACAUUCCGGGAUCAAAUUGUGGGAAUCUUGGGACUUCCGGUCCGCUGCCAAGGGAAAUGGCGGCAAGCUCUGUGUCAUCCUAUUAAGGAAGGACACGGUCCAGGGUGUCAUGGCUUUGGGGGUGAGUGCCAGGGCUAGGCGCCCCCCGAAAAAUCCCCAUGGAAUAGUGGGUACUCCGGAGGUCCAGUGGAGCGUUGGUAACUUGCCAUAAUCCAACCCCCCGGCUGCCGGUGCUGCGUCGGGGAAUGAAGAGGCUUGAGUCUGCUCACAGCUCUAACAUGCCCUGCAGCCGAAGCCACACACUGCCACCGCAAGCAGCAGAUUUUUCAAUUAAGAGGUAAAGGUAAAGGGGACCCCUGAACAUUAGGUCCAGUCGCGGACAACUCUGGGGUUGCGGCGCUCAUCUCGCUUUAUUGGCUGAGGGAGCCGACGUACAGCUUCCGGGUCAUGUGGCCAGCAUGACUAAUCCACUUCUGGUGAACCAGAGCAGCGCACGGAAAAGCCGUUUACCUUCCCGCCGGAGCGGUACCUAUUUAUCUACUUGCACUUUGACGUGCUUUCGAACUGCUAGGUUGGCAGGAGCAGGGACCGAGCAACGGGAGCUCACCCCGUCACGGGGAUUCGAACCGCCGACCUUCUGAUCGGCAAGUCCUAGGCUCUGUGGUUUAACCCACAGCGCCACCCGCAUCCCAUUUUUAAGAGGUACAAACCGAAAGUUACAUUACCUAAACGUAACCCGAGGGUCCACUGUAACAAGAAGUUUACUCACAUUUCAGUUCACCAUUUGAUUCCUGAAAGGCAGGCUUUACUUGGUAGUUACAGUGUGAGUUCAUCUCAUACAGUAGGGAUACUGAACUCAUGUGCUGCUGGCUGAGAGCCAGCAGACAGCAAAAUUACAUUAGUAGAAUAAAAAAUGGCUGCAGGAGAGCAGCAUUGCAGCAAGAGAGAGAACCAGACAACUUCAAGAAGACAAAACUGUAAGACUAAACUAGACUAAAACAGCUGCGUGACCUGGCUCUUUUAUGGAGUCAGCCCAGCCCAUGCCCAUCUCCCAGGUCACAUGCAGGGAAUGUUAAUUUGACUGUACCAAUGGAUCACAUCCCACACAAAUCAGAAAGCAGGAUGGCUUCUGGAAGACAGGGACACUUGGAGGGUCUGGGAUUAACAGUUAAAGGCCUGGUUGAAGCGGAAUGUUUUCCCCUGGUGCCUAAAGACAGGUAACAAAGGUGUCAGAGCAUUCCACAAGUGAGGAGCCACCACAGAAAAGGCCCUGUUCUGGUGCUGCCACCGAGGGACCUCUCACAGCGGCGCAUGGAGGAGGUGCUUGUUUGCAUGCACCAGGGUCAUUAUUUCUCCCCCCCGCCCCGUUUCUGCUUGCAGGAGCACCCGCAACAUCGUGCAGACGCUGAGCCAGCAGAGGAGGCAGCAGUCCAUGCUGAUGGAUUUCCUGCACGUCAAGUCGUCCCACGACGCUGCCAGCAAGAUGCAUGAAAUGAUGCAUAAAGAGACGCGAAUCAUCCAGAUCACAGACGAGCAAAUUGAGGCCUCUUAUCAGCAGUGGGAAGAGUUUGGGAAGCUGGUGAGGAAGAUCUCUUGCUUCUUGGCGGGGUGGGGCGGGUCAUCUGCUGUCUAAAAAGUGACCAGAGCACAUGGGAGAGGGCAGGGUACCUGUUUGUCCUGUUCCAGAACCGAGCUGCCUGCGACGCGAUGGCCACGCCUAUCUCUCAGUCGGGUUGUCAGUGACAUCGCUAGAAGGCGCCACAAUAGCAUCCGAGUGGCCUGAGCAUUUUAAUUUCAAAUAUUCUGAUUAUUUCCACUUUUAGUUAAGUUUUUAUAUUUAUUUACUUGAUGGGGGCGGCAGCUGCCCCCCUGGCUACACCCAGCCAAUGAGCGCUAGAACGUCAGUCAAUGCCAUCUACCCACUGAAACUUGCAGCUAACAGAGCUGGAUAGGGCUUCCAGGUGAAGGCCUUGAUGUGGCAUAGAAUUGAAGAGUUGGAAGGGGCUCUGGGGGUCAUCUAGACCAACCCCCUGCAAUGCAGGAUUCACAACUACAGCAUCCAUGGCAGGUUUGUUUAAAUCUUUGUUUAAAACCUCCGAAUGAAGCCCACCACCCUCUGAGGGAAUCUGUUGCGCUGCCAAACAGUUCUUGUGGUCAGAAAGUUAUUCUGUAUAUUUUUUUGCAAUUCAUUUUUUUUUAUUGAUACUAACCUAUACUGAAAUGUUUAGAUGUUUCUUUGAUUGUCCUUGAAUCUUCCUGCCACACUUGCCAUCCUCUGCUGCCACGCCAGGGUGGCGCGUCACACCCUUUGAUAACUGCUGCUCUAUGGGGUUAACCCCUUCAUGCAGUAAUUGGACUUAAGCACGUUGGUUAUCGGACGCUGGCUAUCUCACAGAAAGGAGAUUCCAGCCCAAGCAUUAGGAAGAGCUUUCUGACGCUACAAGCCAUUCGACAGUGGAACGGACUCGCUCGGAAUAAUAAUAAUAAAAUAAAUAAAAAUAAAAAUAAAAAUAAAAAUAAAAAUAAAAAUAAAAAUAAAUAAAUAAAUAAAAUUUUAUUUAUAUCCUGCCCUCCCCAGCCGAAACCUGGCUCAGAGCGGCUAACAACAGUAAAAGUAACACAGUUUACAUAAAAUCACAAUCAAUUAAUUGAAAUGCAUUGUAAAAUCAAUUCAUUCUAAAAUCAGUUCAAAAGGUGGAAGGUGGUGGGCUCUCCUUUGUCGGAGUUUUCAAAGCAGAGGUUGGAUAGUCACCUGUCAGGGAUGCUUUAGUUGUCGCCCCUGCAUUGCCGGGGUUGGGCUGGAUGGCCUUUGGGGUUCCCUUCCAACUUUGCGGUUCUAUGGCUCCAAGGCAUGCAGGGCAGGGAAGGGGCGGGAAAGGCAGGUGGGUACCAUUGGGUAGCUCAGGGGAGGGGAGCCAGAGGCAGGGGAAGGGAGGAGGGCCCAGCUAAGCGACUUCUCUGGCUUAAAUCUCUCGGUGAGCGCAGAAGAGCGAUAUCCUGGGCAGUGCCUACAAGCAGAAGUUUCCGCGCCCCGUCUUGAAGCAGCUCCCGGAAAUGAAGGCCUACGUAGCCCACAAGGACCAGGUAAGUGAGCUCCAGGAGAAGAUGAGAGUCGGCGGGGUGAAGGGGUGGUGGGAGCUCAAAUAACCCCAUGCCCUCUAACAUGUCUCCAAUGAAAAUAGCGACGUCCUAAAGAAAAAGUAGUAUGGUUCAAGCUAUGGUUUUCCCAGUAGUGAUGUACGGAAGUGAGAGCUGGACCAUAAAGAAGGCUGAUCGCCGAAGAAUGGAUGCUUUUGAAUUCUGGUGCUGGAGGAGACUCUUGAGAGUCCCAUGGACUGCAAGAAGAUCAAACCUCUCCAUUCGGAAGGAAAUCAGGCCUGAGUGCUCACUGGAAGGACAGAUCCUGAAGCUGAGGCUCCAAGACUUUGGCCACCUCAUGAGAAGAGAAGACUCCCUGGAAAAGACCCUGAUGUUGGGAAAGAUGGAGGGCACAAGGAGAAGGGGACGACAGAGGAUGAGAUGGUGGGACAGUGUUCUGGAAGCUACCAGCAUGAGUUUGACCAAACUGCGGGAGGCAGUGGAAGACAGGAGUGCCUGGCGUGCUCUGGUCCAGGGGGUCACGAAGAGUCGGACACAACUAAACAACCACAACAAAGAAGAGCGGGACAUUCCGGGAUCAAAUCGGAAACCGGGACGGCUUCUCUAAAUCCAGGAUUGUCUGGAAAAUAGGGACACUUGGAAGGUCUGAGUUAGUUACUGCCUAGGAAUUUCCUGCUUUGCCACUUGUUUCCCCAUUGUCUGGAACAUCGCUGCGUCAGAACGUUUGGCCAGACAUGGGCGGGUGGCUCUGGGGCGAGGCUAAAAUGGAUAAUAUGGAUUAUUCAAAUACAGCAGCAAGGAGGGAGCUUCUCUUAUCCCUCUGGCUUCUCAUUCUUUGCUGGGGGUAUCUGCAUUCCACCUGAAAGUCAGUGAACUGUGAUUGCAAAUUGAUAUGCUGAUUUACGGAAAUGGGUAAACUCUGCAGAAAAGGUUCAGUUCGCUUUGAGUGACUCUAAUAAUUUUUUGACACAUAAAGUGGCUGUUUGUGCACUGGCAGCAAAAAGAGAAAGAAAGAAAGAAAGAAAGAAAGAAAGAAAGAAAGAAAGAAAGAGAUGAGGAAUGGGAGAGUUGGAUAAUACAGGGUGAUUCUUAAUGAAGUAUACAGUUUCAACGCACUAUAAAAAGAAGAAGAAUGUAAUAUAUCUUAUGUUACCUGUAACAGAAUUGUAGGGGAAUGUUUGAAGUUUUUUUUUAGAAACAGUCAGAGAUGUUCUAUGUCUGCAGCCUUUGUCACACAACACACAUCGAAUCAGUAAUCCAUUUCUGCCCAAAUGUGACUCACCCUACAUGUUGAUUUUCCUGGGCUUCAUUGAAUGGUAGCGCAAACACUAUUGAUGACUUCUUCCAAUACACGUGGUCGUCCAGGACUUCUAAGUUUGCACAAACAGCCCGUAGUUUCAAACUUCUUAUGCCAAUCGUAGAUACAUUUUCUGCUUGGAUGUUUUCUUCUGAAUCGCGAUCUAAAAUGCUGUCACACAACAGUUACCGAUUGCGUUUUCUCAGUUCAAGAACACAAAACGCCCUCUCCACUGCAGACGCAGCCAUUUUGCCUGACUUGUCAUGGGACACGGCGCGCUAUCACCUACGUCACUUCCCCCAGUAGUGGAACACAAAUUUAUGAGUACAUCUCCCUCAUGGUUUGCAGUUGUGGUCCGUGUCAUCGCCUGUUACUGUCUUACAGCAUCUGGAAACCGUAUACUUCAUUAUGAAUCACCCUGCAUUGCCAUAAGUUGCUUUCGAAAUUCUGAGGUUUAAUCUGAAGCUGAGCUAGGUUUGAACUUGUUGUUGGCAACUCUGCUUCCAUUCCCUCAUAUUACUGAUGUAAUUAUAUAAUGCAUAUAUAUAUAUAUAUAUAUAUAUGUGUGUGUGUGUGUGUGUGUGUGUAAUUAUAUUAAUAAAUAAUAAUAUUUUUAAAAAAAUUUAUAUCCCGCCCUCCCCAGCCAAAGCCAGGCUCAGAGCGGCUAACAACAGUAAAAAUAGCACAGUUUACAUAAAAACACAGUCAAUUAAUUGAAAUACAUUCUAAAAUCAAUUCAUUCUAAAAUCAAUUCAGAAGCAAAUUAAUGGCAAUCGUUGGGCUAGAGUUCUGUGAGGAUUACCAAAGGAGGGGGUCAGGCUGUGCCUUGGCCAAAGGCCUGGUGGAACAGCUCUGUCUUGCAGGAAAGAUGUCAAGUCCCGCAGGGCCCUAGUCUCUUGUGAAAGAGCGUUCCACCAGAUUGGGGCCAAGGCCGAAAAGGCCCUGGCUCUGGUUGAGGCCAGCCUAACCUCCCUGUGGCCCGGGAUCUCCAAGAUGUUUUUAUUUGAAGACUGUAAGGUCCUCCGUGGGACGUACCAGGAGAGGCGGCCCCAUAGGUACGAGGGUCCUAAUUCUAGGUUUGUAGGUUUCUGUACUGCAAAAUUGCAAUGAAAUCGUUGUGGCCUUUGGCUCGUGCAAUGAUAAACCGAUUGAAUUUUUAAAAACAAAGAAUUAAAUAAAAAGAAAACACACAUUUGGGCUAAAACAGGGUUGGAGAUCCGCAUGGUUCUCUUGGGCUCCCUGACUGAGUCCUCCUCUCUCUGCAGCCCCGCAUCUAUCGCUGCAUCCAGUACACAGACCUCCAGCCCAUGUUCCAGGCGUACACCCCGGACCUGGUGACCGAGUCCUUGCAGACCCAGGCCGCAAUAGAGCACCGGGCAACCCGGAGAGCCAAGCGCUGGGCAACCCUCAAAGGCGUCGUCAAGCCCACCCUCAAGAGCUUCCUGUUGCGCAAGCGAGUUAUGGAGCCCAAGGAAUGAGCUGCCAGUUGCGGCGAGCGCUCCGAGGCGCGAGGCAGCGGCUUUCCCGUUCCAAGGGCCGCUGUUGGCUUGGGGGGCCCGGGAGUGAUUUGAGGCCCUCUCCCGUCUUCGGCUCCCCCAGAUUUCCAGAUCCUCCUAGAAGCUGGCAUUGGAUGUGUCUGACCC